GUUUUCAAAACGCACGUUUUUUUUUUUUUUAUUAGCUCAGUAUCAAUAAUUUAUGAUAAACCGAAUUCCACGCGAUUUGGAUACAUAUAAUUGCUUGACCUGUGCCAACCGUUUAAAGGGAUUUGAAGCGCGAAACCGAUGGAGGAGCCCGCUGACUCCGUCGGUGGCGGGGCAGCACAGGGCCCCACAGCGCAAGUGGCAGAGAUCCGCUGUCCAAUGGCAGCGCGUCCAAUGCGGCUGCUGGAAUGGAAAGUCAAACCCGGGUCCCUCGUCAAUGUGGAUUCGGUGUUGGCGUUAUGUGCGCCCAUCCCGCCGGAGAAAGAGGACGGGUCUCAGCCGCCAGAACAGCCCAACAGGCUGCCAGGGAAGAAACUGAAAUCGGACCGAGCUGGAGUGGUGAAGGACCUAUGUUGUCAACUUGGACAAGUCAUAUCGCCUGGGUGAGUCUGCAAGCUAGCUAUAGUGAACUAUAUAGCUAAUGUUGCCCAUGUCAACGAUGUUUUUAUAUUGUGCUGUUGUGUGGAGUUUACUAUGUUCGCUAACUAAUGUUGUUGCUCAUAGACCACAUUCGUAGUAGCAUAGCUAACUAGCCUAGCUGAUAGGUGGUAAUGCUAACUAGCUAUGCUACCCAGUGCGUGUGUUGGAGCGCCGAUCUCUACAACAGCUGGAUGGAUCAUGUCAAUGGGCGAGUUCGUUUUGCAUGGCCCGGUGCCUUAGUGUGUGGAGUUUGGGAUUUUAGACCCCAACUUGGUCCUUAAGUUAAAUAUUCAUCCACAUGGGGCUCCGAGCCAUGCAAAACGAACUCGCCCCAUAUUGUAGUAUGCACAUUACAUCAUCCACAUGGUAUCGAGUCGUCGAAUUUGCACGCUCGAGCACUUUUGGUCCAGUUUAAUGACGGAACCAGAACUUCGAAUAUUUUAUGAUUCAGAAAGCAUUUUGGUGUUAUGAAUUUGGGUAACAAUCCAGAAAAAAACGUAAAUGAUGUAAUUGAUAACAACACAUUGUGAAUAUAAUAAUAUGACACCAUUUAUGGAAUACUGAAAAUGGCCAAAUAUUAGCUUAGAGCUGAAGACACCCCUUGUUGUUUUAAAAGUUUGAAUGUGUCGAUUCAGUUGUCAUUUUGUCGUUCAGAAACUGAUGACGGCUUAUGCCCUGGUGCUUUUCAACAUGGAGGCACUAAUGUAGUCUUAUGGAGAAGUGUGAGGGGAAGUUGUGUUUAUUAAAGUGUUUGUUUAGAUAUACAUGUACACAUGUUGGAGAGACUGUGGCGAUUCUAUCAGGCACCUGCAUUGUAAAGCCCUUUUAAGGGGGAAACUCAUUAUGCUGCUGUCUCAAGUGCCACUUCUCUUCCAGUGGUGUGAUUGUCAGAGUAGAAGAAUGCAGUCAUCCCGUCGUGAUGAAGGGGCUGUGUGCUGAAUGUGGCCAGGACCUCACACAGUAAGUACACACACGUAUUCCAUGCUAGAAUUUCAAUUGGCAUAUUCACACAAUUUUAAAAUAGGCUUAUCUCUUAGCUGUAGGUUACUUCUUAUGAGGAUGCAUUACUAAGUGGAUUCUCUCUCUCAGGAUGCAGAGUAAUAAUGGGAGACAGCAGGCUCAUAUCUCCAUGGCGAACGUUUCCAUGGUGCACAGUGUCCCUGAGUUGAUGGUCAGCUCUGAGGUGAGGCUUUGAAUGUCAUGGCACUAGAAGAUGAGUUUCCUCUGACGAUAAUGUAACUUUGUAAAAAUACCUCUGUGUCAUUAGAAUUCAACUUUACUAUGUAGUAGCGACAGUUUUGUUGAAGUCAUGGCCCCCUUUUUAUAAAUGCCUGGUUCUGUGAUAUGUCCCCAACACAGGAAGCAGAGCAGCUGGGCAGAGAGGACCAGCAGAGACUCCACAGGAACAAGAAGCUGGUUCUGAUGGUUGAUCUGGACCAAACCCUGAUCCACACCACUGAGCAUCACUGCCAGCGCAUGUCCAAUAAGGUACAGUGGGGAAAAAAAGUAUUUAGUCAGCCACCAAUUGUGCAAGUUCUCCCACUUAAAAAGAUGAGAGGCCUGUAAUUUUCAUCAUAGGUGCACGUCAACUAUGACAUACAAAUUGAGAGAAAAAAAAUCCAGAAAAUCACAUUGCAGGAUUUUUAAUGAAUUUAUUUGCAAAUUAUGGUGGAAAAUAAGUAUUUGGUCAAUAACAAAAGUUUCUCAAUACUUUGUUAUAUACCCUUUGUUGGCAAUGACACAGGUCAAACGUUUUCUGUAAGUCUUCACAAGGUUUUCACACACUGUUGCUGGUAUUUUGGCCCAUUCCUCCAUGCAGAUCUCCUCUAGAGCAGUGAUGUUUUGGGGCUGUCGCUGGGCAACACGGACUUUCAACUCCCUCCAAAGAUUUUCUAUGGGGUUGAGAUCUGGAGACUGGCUAGGCCACUCCAGGACCUUGAAAUGCUUCUUACGAAGCCACUCCUUCGUUGCCCGGGCGGUGUGUUUGGGAUCAUUGUCAUGCUGAAAGACCCAGCCACGUUUCAUCUUCAAUGCCCUUGCUGAUGGAAGGAGGUUUUCACUCAAAAUCUCACGAUACAUGGCCCCAUUCAUUCUUUCCUUUACACGGAUCAGUCGUCCUGGUCCCUUUGCAGAAAAACAGCCCCAAAGGAUGAUGUUUCCACCCCCAUGCUUCACAGUAGGUAUGGUGUUCUUUGGAUGCAACUCAGCAUUCUUUGUCCUCCAAACACGACGAGUUGAGUUUUUACCAAAAAGUUCUAUUUUGGUUUCAUCUGACCAUAUGACAUUCUCCCAAUCCUCUUCUGGAUCAUCCAAAUGAACUCUAGCAAACUUCAGACGGGCCUGGACAUGCUUAAGCAGGGGGACACGUCUGGCACUGCAGGAUUUGAGUCCCUGGCGGCGUAGUGUGUUACUGAUGGUAGGCUUUGUUACUUUGGUCCCAGCUCUCUGCAGGUCAUUCACUAGGUCCCCCCGUGUGGUUCUGGGAUUUUUGCUCACCGUUCUUGUGAUCAUUUUGACCCCACGGGGUGAGAUCUUGCGUGGAGCCCCAGAUCGAGGGAGAGUAUCAGUGGUCUUGUAUGUCUUCCAUUUCCUAAUAAUUGCUCCCACAGUUGAUUUCUUCAAACCAAGCUGCUUACCUAUUGCAGAUUCAGUCUUCCCAGCCUGGUGCAGGUCUACAAUUUUGUUUCUGGUGUCCUUUGACAGCUCUUUGGUCUUGGCCAUAGUGGAGUUUGGAGUGUGACUGUUUGAGGUUGUGGACAGGUGUCUUUUAUACUGAUAACAAGUUCAAACAGGUGCCAUUAAUACAGGAAACGGGUGGAGGACAGAGGAGCCUCUUAAAGAAUAAGUUACAGGUCUGUGAGAGCCAGAAAUCUUGCUUGUUUGUAGGUGACCAAAUACUUAUUUUCCACCAUAAUUUGCAAAUAAAUUCAUUAAAAAUCCUACAAUGUGAUUUUCUGGAUUUUUUUUCUUCUCAAUUUGUCUGUCAUAGUUGAUGUGUACCUAUGAUGAAAAUUACAGGCCUCUCUCAUCUUUUUAAGUGGGAGAACUUGCACAAUUGGUGGCUGACUAAAUACUUUUUCCCCCCACUGUAUACUCGGGGCAUUUGAUAAAUGGAAAUAGACAUCUGUUACAAAACCCCAAAAAGUGUGCCUAAUGACAUUCAGCGAUUACCAUUGAUUAGGCCGACAUUAAUUGAUGCGUCUUGCUGACAAAUAUAGUUUUUUUUUGUAGCCUGAAAAGUCGGGACACCUGAAAUGGGCUGAAACUGUCCCGGGCAAAACGGGAUGCUCACCCUAACACACAGUCAACUUACUAGACUAGGCUACAAUGGGUAUUACCAUGACAAUAGGCCUACUGGUAGCCAAUGAUGUAGUGUUUUUAAAAAAAGUAGGUGGGUAAACUGGUUGCCGGUCGUGGUGAAAAGUUUAGUUCCCUAUGCUUUCAAUGCAUUAUUUUGAAAAGAGGUUGUUUGAUAUCUCUAUGCCCCAGGCCUUGCUGAGAGUCACCCUGUAUGUAGCUAGUCUGUAAUAAACCACUGGUGGUUAUGUAGCUAGAACAAACCAUUGACGGUUCUGCGCAUGCCUCUGCUCUUGUUCCACAGGGAAUCUUCCACUUCCAGCUGGGGCGGGGGGAGCCCAUGUUACACACGCGACUGCGUCCGAACUGCAAAGACUUCCUGGAGAAGAUCGCCAAGCUCUACGAGCUGCAUGUCUUCACUUUCGGAAGCCGCCUCUAUGCACACACCAUCGCAGGUACCCACACCCACACACACACUAGCAGCUACUUAACAUUCUCUGAUAAUUAUGCCUACGUUGAAUCACUAUAAUUUGCUUUACAGUAAGUAAUGCACUAUGAUGUAAAUUCAAAGUGUAUGAGUGCUCAGAUGCUAAAUGCCAGGUGAAUUUAAACACAUUUAAUUAUCUAGGAUUACAUCCUCUGUAAAAUCUCUCUACGUAAUUAUAGAUCUAGAUUUAAUGCCUGAGUGCUGUCUGCAUUAUAGGUGAGAAUAGUUUUAUUUAAAUGUUUGUCCAUACACUCCCCAGAUUGAAAAGUUAGACACCUAACAAGACUAACAGACAUGCCUCAAUGUGAUUGGUCUAAGCAUUUGAGGCAAAUCCUGAGUAGCGCUAGACAUCUGAGUGGCCACUAGAGGGCAGCAUUUACCUUCAGUUUGUGUCUCAGGCUCAUUCUGUACUCAGUCUUCAUAUCUCAUUGGGGGAGCGUCCCAAAUUUCACCCUAUAUAGUCUGGGGAGGUGAAUCUGCGACAGCCAAAAGUCGGACACUAGUGGUUUUCCAACAGCAAGGCUCAGAUCAACAUAGCGGUGUCAACAUACAGUGCCUUCGUUAAGUAUUUAGACCCCUUGACAUUUUUCCUAUUUUGUUACGUUACAGCCUUAUUCUAAAAUUGAUUAAAAUGUUUUUUUCCCUCAUCAAUCUACACACAAUACCCCAUAAUGACAAAACAAAAACAGGUUUUUAUAGAUUUUUGCAAAUGUAUUAAAUAAAAAUGCUAUUACAUUUUACAUAAGUAUUCAGACCCUUUACUCAGUACUUUGUUGAAGCACCUUUGGCAGUGAUUACAGCAUCAAGUCUUCUUGGGUAUGACGCUACAAGCUUGGCACACCUGUAUUUGGGGAGUUUCUCCCAUUCUUCUCUGCGGAUCCUCUCAAGCUCUGUCAGGUUGGAUGGGGAGCGUUGCUGCACAGCUAUUGUCAGGUCUCUAGAGAUUUUCGAUUUGGUUCAAGUCCGGGCUCUGGCUGGCCCACUCAAGGACAUUCAGAGACUUGUCCCGAAGCCACUCCUGCAUUGUCUUGGCUGUGUGCUUAGGGUCGUUGUCCUGUUGGAAGGUGAACCUUCGCCCCAGUCUGAAGUCCUGAGUGCUCUGGAGCAGGUUUUCAUCAAGGAUCUCUCUGUACUUUGCUCCGUUCAUCUUUGCCUCGAUCCUGACUAGUCUCCCAGUCCCUGCCGCUGAAAAACAUCCCCACAGCAUGAUGCUGCCACCACCAUGCUUCACCGUAGGGAUGGUGCCAGGUUUCCUCCGCAUUCAGGCCAAAGAGUUCAAUAUUGGUUUCAUCAGAACAGAGAAUCUUGUUUCUCAUGGUCUGAGGCCUUUAGGUGCCUUUUGGCAAACUCCAAGCGGGCUGUCAUGUGCCUUUUACUGAGGCGUGGCUUCCGUCUGGCCACUCUACCGUAAAGGCCUGAUUGGUGGAGUGCUGCAGAGAUGGUUGUCCUUCUGGAAGAUUCUCCCAUCUCCACAGAGGAACUCUAGAGCUCUGUCAGAGUGACCAUCGGGUUGUUGGUCACCUCCCUGACCAAGGACCUUCUCCCCCGAUUUCUCAGUUUGGCCAGGCAGCCAGCUCUAGGAAGAGUUCCAAACUUCUUCCAUUUAAGAAUGAUGGAGGCCACUGUGUUCUUGGGGACCUUCAAUGCUGCAGAAAUGUUUUGGUUCCCUUCCCCAGAUCUGUGCAUCGACACAAUCCUGUCUCGGAGCUCUACGGACAAUUCCUUCGACCUCAUGGCUUGGUUUUUGCUCUGACAUGCGCUGUCAACUGUGGGACCUUAUAUCGACAUGUGUGCCUUUCCAAAUCAUGUCCAAUCAAUUGAAUUUACCACAGGUGGACUCCAAUCAAGUUGUAGAAACAUCUCAAGGAUGAUCAAUGGAAACAGGAUGCACAUGAGCUCCAUUUCUUGUCUCAUAGCAAUUAGCAAAGGGUAUGAAUACUUAUAUAAAUAAGGUAUUUCUUUUUUUUUCUUCACUUUGUCAAUAUGAGGUGUUGUGUGUAGAUUGCAGAGGAUUAUAUAUAUUUUUUAAUCCAUUUUAGAAUAAGGCUGUAAUUUUAACAAAAUGUGGGAAAAGUCAAGUGGUCUGAAUACUUUCCUUAGGCACUGUAGCUGCUAUUGUUCAUAAAGGUUUUUCUGUAUAAAUGUCGAAUUAAACUUUUUUUAUACCUCAUAUCACACAUUCACGAACUGAAAACAUAACGUGUGUACAAUUAAUUGGUUCGAGAGGUCUGAAAUAUCACUUUCAUUUGUAUCUCAUUAGAAUCGUGGCAAAGUUGGUUCCUGUUUUACGUCUUUGGCUAAGUUUGCGUGGGUCAAACAAACACUUAUUAGACCUAGUAAUGUAUCAGUGUUUAUCUUAACAUUUGAUAUUAUAUAGCACCACUUUGGAUUUCACCCCCGUCUCAUAAUCAAAUGGUUUAUACCGUUUGGAAGUUUUGACAGACUCUUAGUGAGCUUAUCUUCCAUGCAGAGCGGUUAGCAAAAAGUGACUCGUUAUGAAAUCAUCAACUUUACCCUGUAUAUCGAAAUAAAUUCGAAUGUAAGCCCCGAUCAACAUGUAGCCUACCUAUAGCCAGAUGAGUUGUCUCCGGUGGUAGCUUAGGUUACUUUUAUUUCGGUAAAACACAAUUUUCAACAGCGCAUUUGAUAAAAAUAACAAAUUACAUUGGUUGUCACUCAACUAAUAAAGCCUAAUAUUGCGCAAGCCAUUACAAACAUUCGAAUGUUAAAGGUGACGCGCAGAUGUGCCAGAUGAAGAAUAAUCCUACCUCUCAUUAGUCAGCGUGCAAAGCUGCGUACAGUUUGACAAGAUAUUGCCUGGGGUCGUUCGGCAUGCAAACAUUUUUCUAGAUCAAUGACUGUCAACAUAAUUACAUUCUUAGUUCGACACAAAGGUGAGAGGUAUUUUCGGAAGAUGGAAAGAAGGUAAUUUGAGCACAAAUUUUUUUUGUGAACCGGCGAUUCAUAACGUUUGAAUCGAUUUUCUGACCGAUGCAUGCUACGUUUGGAUCGGUUUUGGGUCCCCUCAUACCGAUGCACUCAUAUCUUAAACAGUUGAACAUGUUGGUGUAUCGUUACGUCCCUACUAUAUAGUGCACCAGAGCCAUAUGGGCCCUAGUGCACUAUAUAGGGAAUAGGGUGCCAUUUGGGACACCUCACUGGUGAAGAUGACGCUUCUGGUCAGUUUACCAGCCUCUCACAGAGAAUAAUAUAGCCACCUCAUAUUCAACCUUACUUUAAACCCAAUCUCAUUUUCCAGGAAGUUAUAAUGAAAGUUUGAGAAUUUUAUACAUCUAUUUAUCGGCAUUUUGGUUAUAGAGAUGAACAUUGGCCCUUUAAAGUUUGGAAACGAUAUUUCGCAACCAAUUAGAAGUUAUUCUAUAAUGAAUGUCAAUGCUGAACGUUGGAAGCGAAUGAAUGUGUAAUGUAGCACUUACAGUACCUCAGUCUGUGGAGCAGAGAGGUCACUGUGUGUCUGGCUGUUUGUUGUGUGCUUUAGUAGACACCUGCCCACCUGUCUGCUCUCUUUUCACUGUGGGUUAAUAGCAGCCAGGUAACAAGGUAUGUGUUGUGCAGUGGGGAUGUAGCUGCUCCAUCAAAUCCAGUCUUUGAUGUUCCUCCAGACACACAUUAUUCUACAGCUUUUAAAGAGGAACUGAUAAGACCCAGCUUGCAUUUAGUUCUCAUCUCAAAGCCUUGAUGUUUAAAUGAAAGCCUACUGAGAGAUGUCUCACACACACACCGAUGCCUGCAAUUUCAUUUGAGUUAAAAUUGAAGCUUUUGUGUAACAAAACAACAUGAAAACCUCCCAGAUAAAGAAAAAAUAAGAAUUUGCUCUAAAUGUCUCAAAAGCUGUUAGCUUUGUUGUUGGACAGCUACUCUGUGUAGUGCCGGGGAGUAAUGGAGAUUGGCGGUUUGGCAAAACUGCACCUUCACUUUGCUGAAUACAUCCAGCUUUUUCACGGUGCUCUUUUAAAUAGGAUGUUUAAUGGAGUCUAAUGUAGUCUCUUUCUCGUGCUCUGUCCCUCUCUCUCAUAUAAUUUAUUUUUGUCCAUUUUAAGAUGUUUUUCUUGUGUGGUUCUGUGACUGUAGGCUUCCUGGACCCUGAGAUGAAGCUGUUCUCUCACAGGAUCCUGUCCAGAGACGAAUGCAUCGACCCCUUCUCUAAGACAGGGAACCUAAGGUGAGAUCUGGGUCUCUGUCUGGCAGAGCUAGUAGCAGAUACCGCUUUAUGAAGCCCACGCAUUACACUUUGACACACAUACCAAUAGCAAUUUCAGCCAGGACAUUUAAGAAGAAUCUGUCCAAUAUGAAAAGGACAUAGCUGAUAUGUAAUCUUUAAUUUAGACACUUUGACUUUACUACUGUCACUGUGACGGAGAUACUGGGGGCGGAGGUCGGGGUGCGUUGUGAGUUUGUCGGCGAGUGGGUAAACCGCCACUACCAUCAGUCCUAUUAGCCAAUGUGCAAUCACUUGAGAAUAAACUGGAUGAUCUACGAUCAAGACUAUCCUACCAACGGGACAUUAAAAACUGUAAUAUCUUAUGAUUCACCGAGUCGUGGCUGAACGACGACAUGGAUAAUAAAGAGCUGGCUGGGUUUUCCGUGCAUCGGCAGGACAGAGCUGCUACGUUGGCUAAGACGAGGGGGGUGUGUCUAUUUGUCAAUAACAGCUGGUGCACAAUGUCUAAUAUUAAGGAAGUUUCAAGGUAUUGCUCGCCUGAGGUAGAGUACCUCAUGAUAAACUGUAGACCACACUAUCUACCGAGAGAGUUCUCAUCUAUAUUAUUCGUAGCCGUCUAUUUAACACCACAAACCGAUGCUGGCACUAGGACCACACUCAACGAGCUGUAUAAGGCCAAAAGCAAACAAGAAAAUGCUCAUCCAGAAGCGGCACAACUAGUGGCCGGGGACUUUAGUGCAAGCAAACUUAAAUCUGAUUUACCUCAUUUCUACCAGCAUGUCACAUGUGCAACCAGAGGAGAAAAAAAACUCUAGACCACCUUUACUCCACACACAGAGACGCAUACAAAGCUCUCCCUCACCCUCCAUUUGGAAAAUCUGACCAUAACUCUAUCCUCCUGACUCCUGCUUACAAGCAAAAACUAAAGCAGGAAGUACCAGUGUCUUGCUCAAUACGGAAGUGGUCAGAUGACGCAGAUGCUACGCUACAGGACUGUUUUGCUAGCACAGACUGGAAUAUGUUCUGGGAUUCAUCCAAUGGCAUUGAGGAGUAUACCACCUCAGUCACCGGCUUCAUCAAUAAGUGCAUCGACGUUGUCGUCCCCACAGUGACCGUACGUACAUAUCCCGACCAGAAGCAAUGGAUUACAGGCAACAUCCGCAAUAAGCUAAAGGCUAGAGCUGCCGCUUUCAAGGAGCGGGACACUAAUCCGGACGCUUAUAUGAAAUUCCGCUAUGCCCUCCGACGAACCAUUUAACAGGCAAAGCAUCAAUACAGGACUAAGAUUGAAUCCUACUACACCGGCUCUGACGCUCGUCAGAUGUGGCAGGGCUUGCAAACUAUAACGGACUACAAAGGGAAGCACAGCUGCGAGCUGCCCAGUGACACGAGCCUACCAGACGAGCUAAAUGACUUCUAUGCACGCUUCGAGGCAAGCAACAUUGAAGCAUGCAUGAGAGCACCAGCUGUUCCGGACGACUGUGUGAUCACGCUUUCCGUAGACGAUGUGAGCAAGACAUUUUUAAAUAGGUCAACAUUCACAAGGCCGCGGGGCCAAACGGAUUGCCAUGACGUGUACUCAGAGCAUGCGCGGACCAACUGGCAAGUGUCUUCACUGACAUUUUCAACCUCUCCCUGACCGAGUCUGUAAUACCAACAUGUUUCAAGCAGACCACCAUAGUCCCUGUGCCCAAGAAAGCAAAGGUAACCUGACUAAAUUACUACCGCCCCGUAGCACUCACGUCGGUAGCCAUGAAGUGCUUUGAAAGGCUGAUCAUGGCUCACAUCAACACCAUCAUCCCGGAAACCCUAGACCCACUCCAAUUCGCAUACCGCCCCAACAGAACCACAGAUGACACAAUCUUAAUCGCACUCCACACUGCCCUUUUCCACCUGCACAAAAGGAACACCUACGUGAGAAUGCUAUUCAUUGACUACAGCUCAGCGUUCAACACCAUAGUGCCCACAAAUCUCAUCACUAAGCUAAGGACCCUGGGACUAAACACCUCCCUCUGCAACUGGAUCCUGGACUUCCUGACGGGCCGCCCCCAGGUGGUAAGGGUAGGCAACAACACAUCUGCCACGCUGAUCCUCAACACUGGUGCCCCUCAGGGGUGUGUGCUUAGUCCCCUCCUGUACUCCCUGUUCACCCACGACUGCGUGGCUAAGCAUGACUCCAACACCAUCAUUAAGUUUGUGUACAUAUAGGUAGGGUUAACUUACAUGCCCUUAACGGAUCCUGAUCACUGACAAUGAUGAGACAGCCUAUAGCGAGGAGGUCAGAGACCUGGCAGUGUGGUGCCAGGACAACAACCUUUCCCUCAAUGUUAGAAAGACAAAGGAGCUGAUCGUGGACUACAGGAAAAGGAGGGCUGAACAGGCCCCCAUUUAACAUAGACUGGGCUGUAGUGGAGUGGUUCGAGAGUUUCAAGUUCCUUGGUGUCCACAUCACCAACAAAUUAUCAUGGUCCAAACACACAAAGACAGUCGUGAAGAGGGCACGACAACACCUAUUCCCCCUCAGGAGACUGAAAAGAUUUGGCAUGGGUCCCCAGAUCCUCAAAGUUCUACAGCUACACUAUCGAGAGCAUCCUGACUGGUUGCAUCACCGCCUGGUAUGGCAACUGCUCGGCAAAUGACCGCAAGGCGCUACAGAGGGUAGUGCGUAUGGCCUAGUACAUCACUGGGGCCAAGGUUCUUGCCAUCCAGGACUUAUAUACUAGGUGGUGUCAGAGGAAGGCCCAAAAAAUUGUCAGACUCCAUUCACCCAAGUCCUAGACUGUUGUCUCUGCUACCGCACGGCAAGCGAUACCAUAGCGCCAAGUCUAGGUCCAAAAGGCUUCUAUCAUCAAGCCAUCAAGACUGCUGAACAAUUAAUCAAAUGGCCACCCGGACUGUUUACAUUUUUUUUACACUGCUGCUACUCACUGUUUAUUAUCUAUGCAUAGUCACGUUACCCCUACCUACAUGUACAUAUUACCUCGACUAACCUGUACCCCCGCUCAUUGACUCGGUACUGGUACCCCCUUUAUAUAGCCUCGUUAUUGUUAUUUUAUUGUUGCUUUUUAUUUAAUUUUUUACUUUAGUUUAUAUAGUAAAUAUUUUCUUAACUCUAUUUCUUGAACAGCAUUGUUGGUUAAGGGCUUGUAAGUAAGCAUUUCACGGUAAGGUCUACACUUGUUGUAUUCAGCGCAUGUGACAAAUAGAAUUUGAUUUAGAGAAAAGGCAUUAAUUCACUCAAGGGAGAUAUCCUGUGUAAUUGGGAGAAAUUGAUUUCCGCUCAGCCACUACUGCUGAAGAUUUCAACUGAGGGAAUUCCUGUAAUGAUUGGAACUACUAGACCUUAGAGUUGAUUAAAACCUGUUAUCAGUCAAGUCAUCUGAAGUCACUUUGUUGCCCCCACAGACAAUACAGAACUAUAAAACUGAGCCAUCCAGCUCUUGUAUGACAGUGCUAUUGAUGAGCAGAGGGAAUAGCCAAUAGCCAUGCAGUAUUCCUUCUAAUCAGUGACUCAUGUCAUAGAAUGCCUGCUAGAACAUCGUUCUCUUAUUAAAUAAAAUUCCUAAUGGUAGAAACUGUGGUUCUUGUAUAGUUAUGAUGUUCAGAGAAUGAUUGUUAUGAGUGACAGACAGAAUUAAUUUCUACCCUGAAGGGAUUCUGAGAGUCCAUCCCAAAUGGCACCCUAUUCCCUUUAUAGUGCACUACCUUUGACCAGGACCCAUAGGGAAUAGGGUUCCAUUUGGGACGCAGGACUGGGUAAUGAUGGAGAGAGGGCAUAGCAUUGUGCUUUGUUACUGUGGGACUUUGUUAUUCCCUAAAGGCACACUGCCUAGGGAGUUACGUGUGGAAGAGGAGAGGGAGUGCCAGUUUCACUUAUAUUUAACUCUCUUUCUGUCUUGCUCUUUUUCUAUCUUUACUCUUUCUCCCCUUCUCUUUAUCUCUUCCCCUCUCUUUAUCGCUCCGCCUCUAUCUCUUUAUCUCUCUCUCUUUUCUAUCUACCCCUCAGGAAUCUGUUCCCGUGUGGUGACUCGAUGGUAUGUAUUAUAGAUGAUCGGGAGGACGUGUGGAAGUUUGCUCCCAACCUGAUCACUGUGAAGAAGUACAUCUACUUCCAGGGCACAGGAGACAUCAAUGCCCCGCCCGGGUCUAAAGAGGCUCAGCAGGGAAGGAAAGGUACCGUAUACAGGGUCUGAAGACAAUGAACUUAACUUAACAUAGCACAGUGGGCACUGUUUUGAAGUGGUCAAUACAUGAAGCACGGUGAUCUAUUAAAUCAACCCUUUGGCUUAGAAAAACAAGCCCUCUGAAAAACAAAGUCCUCACUCCCUUAUAAGGGCAUUCAGUGUUUUGUCAGCGUUACACUAAAGAAAAAAAACACUACAUUCUCAUGACCAAAGUUCAGGGAGGGAGUGCUUUGAUGAUUACUUAAUGGAUAUGAUCUCAUCCUGGUACUCUGGCUGCAAAUGGAGUCUCACUGUUUUGAUUUCAUUUGCAUCAACCGAUGCACCACUCUCCUGUGUGGCAGACUGCAGCUCCGCAGUGGGACGGUGAAGCUUUUAAGAGAAAUGGUUGUGAUAUGUAAAUGUUAUGAUCCUCUCAACACCGAGGUGAGAGGCAGGGAGGUGACUGGGGAAACUUGGGGACCUCUCUGUGAAAAUACGGUCAGAGUUUAACUUUAGAACCUUUUUGAACAGUGUCAGGCAAAUUAUCAUACCCAAAGGCCAGGGUUCAGCAGAAUUAAUCAAUCUGAACUGUGUUAAAGAUAGAAUUAGAGCGACCAAGCCUUAACAGCACCUAAUCAUCAUCAACACUGUAUUCAUAAUCAGACACCAAGCCUGGGUAGCCAUAAUGAGAUGGGUUCAUCUGAACCGUGAUUACCCUCUCAGGCUUAGUCUCAGGAGGGGGUGGGUUCUUUUCUCAGAGAGUCUUUCACAGAGGAUCGUUUUUUUGAUUAGCAGUAGAGACAAACAGGACAAGCCACAAAUGAGGGAGAGUGCUUCUAUGGGCUCCCAGGAGAGAAUGACACACACAGGCUGUUAGAUCAAUUAGGGAAGUGCUGCUGUUUUCCGUGACAUCACAUGGACAGCUGACAGAUCCAGUGAUGGGCAUUUUUAUGUAGUCCUAAUAGUGUGUAGAUUACUGAGUGGAUAAAGUGCUAUGGAGAACAUUGUGCUUUUUUUGAGGCAUGCACUUCAACCAUAGUUUAAACAGACAAUGUUUUCAACGCUGAUUCAGUGCCUCAGUGGCCACAGGUCAACUUGCCUUCAUUCAGUUACACCUCCAAAACAACUUCAGUGAAAUGUAUUCUAGUCUAGUGAUUUAAGUGACAAAAUGUCAGUGCAUGUGUUUUAAUGUGCUAACGGGUCUGCCUGUGAUGUUGCUUUACCCCAGCCGGCAGCCAGGCCAGCCGACCAGCAGAGGCCUCGGAACCAGCAGUAACGUCAGGGCCUUCUGGGAGGUCGUCUGCAUCAGAGGAGCAGAGUAACGGUCUUAAGAAACAACGGGCAAAAGACCACAACAACGGAGGGAGGGAGGAGUCAACAGCUCCCUCAGCCACUCAGGAAGCAGCAGCCAAUGAACGGACUCAACCGGACGGGGGUGAGGCUGUGGAGGAGGGGCGGGGUCAGGGCGAGGGGGCCGAGGCCAGCACGGCAGCACAGGUGAGCGACAGGACGAGUGUGGAAGAGGAGGGGGAGGAUGGCAGCAGGACAGUGGGCUCAGGGGAGGAAGCUCCCCCUCCUCCAUCCUCCACUCCUCCAGACCUCCAUGAGCCCAACAGCAACCUUGACUUUGACCUGUCCAGCGACUCUGACUCUGUUAGGGGUAAACCCCCCUCAUCAGACAGCGAGGGGGAGUCCAGCCAGACCAGGAAGUCCAAACCGGAAGGGGCGGAGCAGGUGGCAGUAGAGGAGCCAUCAGGCGGGGCUGGAGGAAAGGAGGAGGGGGAUAUUAAGGAGAAGAGCACUGGGGAGAACAGCUCAGAGGGAGUAGGGGAGAAGUCAGGGCUUGUCCUCCCUCCAGAUCCGGAGCAGGAGAAUGGGCGCUCAGAACGGAGGGAGGCUGAGACAGAGUCCCAGAACAGUGAACAGUCAGGAGUCACAAUGGAGGAGGAGUCUCUGGACCCGAGCAUGGAGGAGGAGGAAGAGGAGGAGUUGGACAAGGAUGACCACCUCAUCUACCUAGAAGAGGUGUUGGAACGUAUCCAUGGAGAAUACUACGCCCGCUACGACGCCUUCCUCAGGAAGGAAUGUGCAGAGACGCCUGAUAUCAGGAAGAUCGUCCCGGAGCUGAAGGCCCGUAGCCUGGAGGGCACCACCAUUGUGUUCUCUGGGCUGUACCCCACCAACUACCCCAUGGAGAGAACCAGGGAGAACUACCACGCCAAGGCCCUGGGAGCAAAGCUAGGCAAGGGCCUCCUGCUCAGCUCGAAAGACCCAGGCAGAACCACGCACCUCAUUGCUGCUAGAGCAGGUGAGUUACUACAUACAUUGCCUUCAUAAAGUAUUCACACCCCUUAACUUUUUCCACAUUUUGUUGUGUUACAGCCUGAAUUUAAAAUGGAUUAAAUUGACAUUUUGUGUCACUGACCUAUACACAAUACCCCAUAAUGUCAAAGUGGAAUUAUGUUUUUAGACGUUUUUACAAAUUAAUUAAAAAUGAAAAGCUGAAAUGUGUUGAGUCAGUAAGUCAUCAACCCGUUUGUUAUGGCAAGCAUAAAUAAGUUCAGGAGUAAAAAUGUGCUUAACAAAUCACAUAAUAAGUUGCAUGGACUCACUCUGUGUGCAAUAAUAGUGUUUAACAUGAUUUUUGAAUGACUUCCUCAUCUCUGUACCCCACACAAAGAAUUAUCUGGAAGUUUCCUCAGUCAAGCAGUGAAUGUCCAACACAGAUUCAACCACAAAGACCAGGGAUGUUUUCCAAUGCCUCACAAAGGUCAUCUUGGGUAUUUUUUUAUUUUUUUUGCAGACAUUUAAAUAUAUCCCUUUGAGCAUGGUGAAGUUAUUAAUUACAUUUUGGGUGGUGUAUCAAUACACUCAGUCACUACAAAGAUACAGGCGUUCUCCAUCUUCUUUUUAAGUAGGGAACCGAUUUGUUUUCAGUACUUUUAUUUCCAAUGACUGAUCAAAACUGGAUUUCUCAUGGUUCUCUCUUGUCCCUCUGCAAUAGACAUAUGGGGAGGAGUAUGUUAGGAACAUCUAAUCGCAAUAAAAUCACAAUACAUAUGGAAUCGUAAUACUUAUCGUAUCAGCACCAAAGUAUCGUGAUAAUAUCGUAUCGUGAGGUCCCUGGCAAUUCCCAGCCCUACUGUUUAUGCGAUUGUUAAUGGAAGUCUGAGUGGUGUGGUUAAACCAUGGGCGGAACACCACACAGAUGGAUGAAAUAAUUAGUCUGAAACAUGCUGAAUGUCUGUCAACAGAGGAGGUCAGGUUACCGUCAACACAGGGAGAAUCUCAAUUGCCUACCCCUCGUGUCUUCGUUCCUCACCUCCUUCUCAAAGCCCAUUGGAGGAGAAGGUCAGAGAGGAGGGAUUUUCUGGAUCUUCCCCAUAGCCUGUUGAUCCAGCAGGUCAGAGCAGCACUACAGCACUUGUCAGACUCAUUACGUCCAUAAUGACAUGACGAUCACCUCUCAAACGCAUCAGUCUGACCCCGGUUAACGCCUCAAACACAUAAGAGCCCGUCUCCCUGGUCCAUAAUCCUCUCAAUCACAUCAACCAUCCCGUUUUACCGGUUUCCGGUUCACUGGUCCAGGUCAUUUCGAACAUCUGUUUAUGCAGUUGUUAAUUGCUCAUUUGGCAGAAUAAAACAGUUGGCUCAUUCACAAUCAUUAUCAGAUACUGACUGGACUACUGAGAGAGAGAGGACCUGUGUACUCUCUGCCAGGGUUUUAGGGCUCUACUUCGUUGGGUUCUGAGACCAAACAAGAGAAGAGCAAAAAAAGCACACAAAAAAACAGCAUGUUUGUCUUUGUUAGGAAACAUCAGGAAGAAGAGCGUAGUAUAACGGUUGUUGCUGACUGAGUCAAAUCUCAAUUAAAGAAGGCAACAGUAAACAUGCCAUCCCCCACUAAUGAUGCAGCGCCGCCCUUAGGCCAAUUGAGAUUGUGUGUGACUAACACAUUUCAGUUAAUUACUAUAGGUCCCAACUUGGGCCAAUCAGUGUAGUUUUGUUCAUGCCGGAUCUCUAUUGCAAGACGCAUCAUUCUCCCAAGUUUUGUCAAAUUAAAGGCAGGUGCUGUCUGAGAUACAGUGCCUUCUGAAAGUAUUCAGACCCCUUUUUCCACAUUUUGUUACAUUACAGCCUUAUUCUAAAAUGGGUUUAAAUAAAAAACAAUCCUCAGCAAUCUACACACAAUACCCCAUAAUGACGACACGAAAACAGGUUUUUAGAUUUUUUUUGCAAAUGUAUUAAAAAUAAAAAACAUACCUUAUUUACAUAAGUAUUCAGACCCUUUGCUAUGAGAUUUGAAAUUGAGCUCAGGUGCAUCCUGUUUCCAUUGAUCAUCCUUGAGAUGUUUCUACAACUUGGAGUCCACCUAAAUUCAAUUGAUUGGACAUGAUUUGGAAAGGCACACACCUGUCUAUAUAAGGUUCCACAGUUGACAGUGCAUGUCAGAGCAAAAACCAAGCCAUGAGGUCGAAUGAAUUGUCUGUAGAGCUCAGAGACAAGAUUGUGUCAAGGCACAGAUCUGGGGAAGCUUUCCAAAACAUUUCUGCAGCAUUGAAGUUCCCCAAGAACACAGUGGCCUCCAUCAUUCUUAAAUGGAAGAAGUUUGGAACCACCAAGACCCUUCCUAGAGCUGGCUGCUCGGCCAAACUGAGCAAUCGGGGGAGAAGGGCCUUGGUCAGGGAGGUGACCAAGAACCCGAUGGUCACUCUGACAGCGCUCUUGAGUUCCUCUGUUGAGAUGGGAGAACCUUCCAGAAGGACAACCAUCUUUGCAGCACUCCAACAAUCAGGCAUUUACGGUAGAGUGGCCAGACGGAAGCCACUCCUCAGUAAAAGGCACAUGACAGCCCACUCGGAGUUUGCCUAAAGGCCUCAGACUCUCUGGUCUGAUGAAACCAAGAUUGAACUCUUUGGCCUGAAUGCCAAGCGUCACGUCUGGAGGAAACCUGGCACCAUCCCUACUGUGAACCGUGGUGGCAGCAUCAUGCUGUGGAGAUGUUUUUCAGUGGCAGGGACUGGGAUACUAGUCAGGAUCGAGGCAAAAAUGAAAGGCGCAAAGUACAGAGAUCCUUGAUUAAAAACCUGCUCCAGAGUGCUCAGGAACUCAGACUGGGGCGAAGGUUCACCUUCCAACAGGACAACGACCCUAAGCACACAGCCAAGACAAUGCAGGAGGGGCUUCGGGACAAGUCUCUGAAUGUCCUUGAGUGGCCCAGCCAGAGCCCGGACUUGAACCCGAUCGAACAUCCUAUAUAGAGACCUGAAAAUAGCUGUGCAGCAUGCUCCCCAUCCAAUCUGACAGAGCUUGAGAGGAUCUGCAGAGAAGAAUGGGAGAAACUCCCCAAAUACAGGUGUGCCAAGCUUGUGUCAUACCCAUAAAGAAUCGAUGCUGUAAUCGCUGCCAAAGGUGCUUCAACAAAGUACUGAGUAAAGGGUCUGAAUACUUUUGAUACAUUUGCAAAAAAUUAUAGAAACCUGUUUUUGCUUUGUCAUUAUGGGGUAUUGUUUGUAAAUUGAUGAGGAAGGAAAAACAAUGUAAUACAUUUUAGAAUAAGGCGAAAAUGUGGAAAAUGUCAAGGGGUCUGAAUACUUUCCGAAGGCUCUAUCUCGUGUGACUAUCAUACGAACGUACUAACUGACAGACAGGUCCUCUGUCCCCUCCCCAAUUUCAUCGUGGGGGACAAUCAUUGAAUGUAUUUGAUCCAUCAACAUACUAGACCACAGGUAGGCAACCCUGGUCCUGGAUUGCCGCAGGCACUUCAUGUUUUUGAUUUAACUAGCCUGGAAGACCAGGUGUGUUGAAUUUAGGCAAUCAUUGAGCUGAUCAAUUAUCUGAGUUGGUCAGGUGUGGUGCCUCGUUGGAACAAAAUCCUGCAGUACCUGCGGCACUCCAGGAACAGUGUUGCCUGCCCCCGUACUAGACGAUUGUUCCCAUCAGGCAUGGAUGCUUACAUUGAUUUAAACAUGGAUCCUGAACUGCUCUGACUGAAAAACAGAAACGAAAAAAUAUUUUAAAAAGGAAAUAGUAAGCAUGUCGUCCCUCACGCAUGAUGCAGCGCAUUGUUUUAGGUACUAGUCUGGAAAAUAUUGCAUUGAGAGACCUUUGUCCAUAGAUGCCACAUUUUAAAUGGUAGAAAAUCCAUCAUGGCGGACCUUAUGGGUCCCUGAGGCAAAUGUAUUCCUUGUGAGGAGCGGGACCUACACUACAUAGCCAAAAGUAUGUAGACACCUGCUCGUCGAACAUCUCAUUCCAAAAUCAUGGCCAUUAAUAUGGAGUUGGUCCCCCCUUUACUGCUAUAACAGCCUCCACUCUUCUGAGAAGGCUUUCCACUAGAUGUUGGAACAUUGCUUCGGGGACUUGGUUUAAUUCAGCCACGAGCAUUAGUGAGGUUAGGCACUGAUGUUGAGCGAUUAGGCUUGGCUUGCUGUCAGUGUUCCAAUUCAUCCCAAAGGUGCUCGAUGGGGUUGAGGUAAGGGCUAUGUGCAGGCCAGUCACGUUCUUCCACACUGAUCUCAACAAAACAUUUCUGUAUGGACCUUGCUUUGUGCACGGGGGCAUUGUCAUGCCGAAACAGGAAAGAGCCUUCCCCAAACUGUUGCCACAAAGUUGGAAACACAGAAUAAUCUAGAAUGUCAUUGUAUAGCUGUAUCGUUAAGAUUUCCCUUCACUGGAACUAAGGGGCCUAGCCCGAACCAUGAAAAACAUCCCCAGACCAGUAUUCCUCCUCCACCAAACUUUACAGUUGGCACUAUGCAUUGGGGCAGGUAGCGUUCUCCUGGCAGGCAUCCGCCAAAUUCGUCCGUCAGACUGCCAGAUGGUGAAGUGUGAUUCAUCACUCCAGAGAACGCGUUUUCACUGCUCGAGAGUCCAAUGGCAGCAAGCUUUACACCACUCCAGCCGACGCUUGGCAUUGCGCAUGGUGAUCUUAGGCAUGUGUGCGGCUGCUUGGCCAUGGAAACCCAUUUCAUGAAGUUCUUGUGCUGACGUUGCUUCCAGAGGCAGUUUGGAACUCGGUAGUGAGUGUUGCAACCGAGGACAGACUGUUUUUACGCGCUUCAGCACUCGGCGGUCCCGUUCUGUGAGCUUGUGUGGCCUACCAGUUCGCUGCUGAGCGGUUGUUUCUCCUAGACGUUUACACUUUACAAUAAGAGCACUUACAGUUGACCGGGGCAGGUCUAGCAGGGCAGAAAUUUGAUGAACUGACUUGUUGGAAAGGUGGCAUUCUAUAACGGUGCCACGUUGAAAGUCACUGAGCUCAUUGUUUGUCUCUGGAGAUUGCAUGGCUGUGUGCUCUGUUUUAUACACCUGUCAGCAACGGGUGUGGCUGAAAUAGCCAAAUCCACUCAUUUGAAGGGGUGUCCACAUCCUUUUGGCCAUGUAGUGUAUGUACCGAAUUUCAUGACUAGGUCAGAUGGGGUAAGGGGCAUGACCUUUCAAAGUUAGCAUUUUCAUUCUCUUGUUAUAGUGCCACAAUGUGUAAUUUUGUAAAGUGCUGUCUGAAAUAUCGCGUAUGACAAACAUACGAACGUACCAAUGUACUAACCUACUGAGACAGAUCCACAGUGGGGGACAAUUAUGGUUGGAAUCUAUUUCAACACAAUGUUCCAUUAUGGUAUCAGGUUUCUAAUGGGGAAGGCAAGGCUCUGUUGAUGACGACCAUGGAUAUGUCCCAAAUGGCACCCUAUUCCCUUUAUAAUACACUACUUUUGACCAGAGCCCUAUGGGCCCAUUUGGGACGAAACAGGCUGGAAAAGGAGAAUAGAAAAUGGAACUUCUAACUGUUCCAGUGACAUCUGAUUGACACAUUCAACCUCAACAUAUAGCAGAGAGAAAGGUUUAAUGUGAUGGUGAAGUGAUAGCUACUAUGAUGAUUUCUCUCUGUUCAUCCCUAUUAGCCUUUUAAACAGGCUAGAAUACUCUCUUCUCCAUCACUGUAAAUCUAGAUUAUGACGUCUCUCUAGAGAGCUAAACCAUCAUGAAUAUUAGAUCUACUUAAGUGAUGAAACCAGAGAGCCAUAUAACCUACAGUACAUAUUCUGUCAUUAAUUUAAUCCAUUAAAGAAAUCCAAAUAGAGAAUAGCUUAAGCUGUUUCCGAAGUGCUUUUCUCAGCUUUAGCAUAUUCUGGUCCCUAAUGGGUAUAGAUACUAUCGUGCUAGCCUCUUAGAGAUAUUAAACUGUCAUUUGGAUUGUAAAAUGGAUUCUAGUGAAACAGAUCAUCAGACUCAGGGUCUUGGGCUAUUGAAUCUGUACAUGGCUAGUUAUGGCUUGCACAGUGUAGACCACAGUGACCAAGUAAGCUGGACAAUUUACCAGGUGUUACUGAUUUGAUGGACACGUACAACUAUAAGACAGACACCACUAGCUUGUCGCUGUUCCAUUAAAAUCCUGUCGCUGUAUAGACGUGGUUUCAAUUUGGUCUCGCUAAGCACUUUGCUGGCGUUCAAUCAAAUGGCACAAUCAAAGUUCAUACUGACUAAAAUGAGGUCUGGUUUGAAUUGCUAACAUGACCCAGCCUUCUAAAGAUGGAAGACCAUUACCAGUGUUCACUUUUCCAUUUCAAUUCUAAAGGUGUGAAGAAGCACCCCACAAAGCAAGGUCCAUACAGAAAUGGUUUGUUGAGAUCGGUGUGGAAGAACGUGACUGGCCUGCACAAGACAAGCAUGGUUGGACAAUCAAUACAACUGUGUUCUUUAGAUUAUCCUGUAACAUUCAUGUACUUUAGGAUGGGAGACUGGUUUCACAUGUCUAGUAUGCAGGGAGGUAGAGGGGCAGAUAGCCCCUUUCAGUCCCAUUUUAAACGUAACUCACAUAGGCACCUCUCUUCAGCCAGUACAGAGACACGUGGACAACCGUUCUCUGCAGGUCUGAGAGACGCAGGCUUUAUGGAGCUAGCUUACCUCCUGACUCUCCAAGUACCUUCUUCCUGCUCUUGCAAACUCAUUGACUUCAAUGAUGCUACUCUGAAAGAGGAGCAGGGAAGAAACAUCUGGCUUUCCCUUUGGUCUUUCAGAGUAGCAUCAUUUUAGUCAAUUAGGCUGACUGGUUGGCUGUCUGACUGGAAGGCACAACAAUAGCCCAGCAUGAUGUUGUUUCUCAUCCAAUCCAACGUGCCCUCAGACAGCAGGCAGCGUUGUCGUGGAACUGGCUCUCUCAGAGCGGCACUUUGCAAUCAACGGUCUGUGGGGGCUCAACGGGGUCUGUACGUCAGAACCGGGAAAAAAUCAACCACAGAGAAAAGGAGAAUGGGAGAGAGAAGGAGCACUUACGGCACAGCAGCAUACAGGGUCCCACUUCAUGUGAAGAGGAACUGUUAAGAAGCAGCCAUUGUGUGGGCUGUCAGUACAAGAGGAUGAGAGUCUGUCAUUCAUUGUACUGGGAUUUAUAUAAAUUAGCAUCUUGAUUAGGUGAUUGGUUAUUUAAUUGCAUCUUAAGACGAGUCUGGUGGUCAAUGGUCAAGACCACCAUGCCGUGAAACACCACAGUCCUGAGUCUCCCCUGUUCUCUCAGCAUCUCAUUUUUUUCUCUCGCUCAAGUGGACAAAGCCACAGGGACAGUAUGUCAGCACUGUAGACAGCAGUGAGAUUAAGAGCCUUCACGUGGUUGUUCCUCUCCAUCACGCUGACACGCGGCUGAUCAAUACCUGUCUGUCUGAAUAACCUACAUGUCUGUCUCCUCUGGAGAGAGGGGGCAGCUGAUUCACCACUAAGGUAGAGCAUGGAGGCAGACAGGGCUGGGAGGCAGACAGGGCUGGGAGGCAGGGAAGGGUGCUCUGGAGCAGGCAGCUGAGAGCACGCACAGCAUGAAUAGAAAAGUCCUGCUGGUGGCCUGUGGGAAAUGGUUUCUUUGUAGUGAUUUAAAAGUAGAAGGGGGGGGGGGGGUCUCACUUGGGAUGAUUGUCUUGAAGGUCUAUGUCCCUAGAGUUGGAAAAUGUUUGAUAGUAGUGCAGCAAUGGCAGCUUUCUCUGUGUUAUCACUCUUUCUUUCAUUCCUCCAUCCGAUUCAUUUUUCCCAUAGGGAUAUUCCCAUAUGCCAAACAAUGUCAGUAUGCAACAAGUACUUGCGCUCUUACAGUGCCUUCAGAGUAUUCACCACCUUUACUUUUUCCACAUUUUGUUGUUACAGCCUGAAUUUUAUUGUUUCACUGAUCUACACACAAUAACCCACAAUGUCAAAGUGGAAUUGUGUUUUUAAAAUGAAAAGCUGAAAUGUCUUGAGUCAAUAAGUAUUCAAACCCUUUGUUAUGGCAAGCCUAAAGUUCAGAAGUAAAAGUGUGCUUAACAAAUCACAUAAUAAGUUGCAUGGACGUGUUCAAUAAUAUUGGUUAACAUGAUUUUUGAGUAACUACCCCAUCUCUGUACCCCACACAUACAAUUAUCUGUAAGGUCCCUCAAUUGAGUAGUGAAUUUCAAGAACCGAUUCAACCACAAAGACCAGUGAAAGAAGGGCACCUAUUAGUAGAUGUAUAAAAAUAUACAAGGCAGACUCUGAAUAUCCCUUUAAGCAUGGUGAAGUUACUAAUUAGGCUUUGGAUGGUGUAUCAAUACACCCAGUCACUACAAAGAUAGAGGCGUCAUUCCUAACUCAGUUGCCGGAGAGGAAGGAAACUGUUCAGGGAUUUCACCAUGAAGCCAAUAGUGAUUUUAAAACAGAGUUUAAUGGUUGUGAUAUGAGAACUAAAGAUGGAUCAAUAACAUUGUAGUUACUCCACAAUACUAACCUAAAGUGAAAUAGAAGGGAGCCUGUACAGAAUAAAAUAUUCUAAAACAUGCAUCCUGUUUGCAACAAGGUACUUAAGUAAUACUUGUCCUGAAUACAAAGUGUUAUGUUUGGGGCAAAUCCUAGAGGAUAACCUAGUUCAAUCUGCUUUCCAAUAGACACUGGGAGACUAAUUCACCUUUCAGCAUGACAAUAAACAAAAACACAAGGCCAGAUCUACACUGGAGUUGCUUACCAAGACGACAUUGAAUGUUCCUGAGUGGCCAAGUUACAUUUUAAACGUUGUUUGACAAGUGUAUCAGGGCUUCCUUUUAAAAGCAAUUUAUACAGGCAAUUCUGAUAUGUCAAAGUUCUGUUGACCUGAACAUUCCAGAAAUGUCUGAUUUGAUAGCUGUGAAUAUAAGCUUUCCAAUUAUAUAUGAUUUAAAGGGUAUACGUGAGCAGUAACUUGUAUACUGACAUUGUUUGUCAUAUUGUAAAAUCCCUACGGUGAAAAAUGAAUGGGAUGAAAGAGUGAUAACAGAGAAAGCAUUGGCAGUCAGAUCAUAUUCAGAGGAUUUGUUUGUCUGGCCACUGUUGCUAUGCAGUCUCAGGGCUGACCUCUUGUUGUUGAUCCCUGGCUUCUAGCUAGCUACACGGUCGGAACAGAACAAGCCAGUUUCCGUUUCAGACACACCAGAUCAAUAUGGCCGCCAAAAAUGAAAGGCUAAUGAUGUGCAGAGCAAGGUCAGUACUUGUCGCCGUGAGAUGGGCUAACCUUGUGUUAAUUAGGUACGGUGCUCUGAUGAGGUAUGCUGCUGCUCUGAGAUGCAGGUCUCUGUCUCUGUGUGUCAGACAUCAAUAGCCCCAAGUCAAGUGGAAAUAGCUGCUCCCAACCCUCGUCAGAACUGACAUAAUGCCAAUAAAACAGAAACUGAUUGUCAAUGGAACCUAAUGGAUUGGUGAAAAAUGAAAUGCUUCAGGGCAAUUGGUAAUUGGCUUUGAAUGUAUGAUUGAGCCUACACCCUGAAAGUUGGUUUUAACAAUUAAAACCAACUUUCAUUGUCAUCCGAGAGUUACUGGAUAUUUCUCUCUUCAAUUUUCUCCUUUGUUUAUGCAGCUUGGUUGUUAAGCGUGGUAUCUAACGACAGACCGUAUUAAUUCUUCCUCUUGAUUUAAUGACUGAUCCUUGCUCUCCCCGUCUCUCUACCAGGUACAGAGAAGGUGCAUCAGGCCCAAGGCUGUAAACAUCUCCAUGUGGUGAAUCCUGACUGGCUGUGGGGAUGUCUGGAGCGCUGGGAAAGGGUGGAUGAAUCACUGUAUCCACUGAAGGAGGACUGCACCAAGACCCAACGGUAUACACAAACACACACAAAGUCACAACAGUACACAUACACUCACACACUUGCACAUUUAUCUGAUGGUGUUUCUCUGUCUGUCUUUAGGAGCAACAGCCCAGCCAUGUUCCCUGACCACCAAGGAUCCUUCCAGAACCCCCUGUUCCCCAACGCCCCCCUCCACCACCACCGCCCCCCUCCAGCUGCCCCUGAGGUGCGGACGUACGACCCGGUCACGGGGAAGCUGAUUCGCCGCGGGCCUCAGGCCGCCAGACCACAAUCUUACCUCCAGGCCUCCAUGUCUGCUGCCCACGGCGACCAGACCUCCCUCAGGUACUGACCGGGCUAUUCAACUGUGUUCACAACUGUGUGUGACAUGUACUUUUUGACUUUGUAACAAUGUGCACACAUCAGCCAUGGUGAUCACACAUGGUGAUGGAUGACAUUCAGAUCUGUUCUCUUCUUCUGUGGCGCUCCAUCAGAUGUAUUGAUAUCUGGGAUCGAUGGUUGGCUUUUCAGUGCUUCUAAGUAGCUAGUAAGCAGCUCUUCCUAAGUCUUCUUGCCCCCCCUCAUACCUAGAUGAGCAAGGACACCGGGUCUCGUACCAGUUAGAAUGUUCUGCAACGCAGCUUGUGUCUGACCUGUCUUUCCUGUUUCUUUGCUCUGAUGGCUGCUAUAGGGUGGCAGGUAGCCUAGCGGUUAAGAGCAAAUCCCUGAGGUGAAAAUUCUGUCUAUCCACUUGAGCAAGGCACUUAACCUUAAUUGCUCCUGUAAGUCGCUCUGGAUAAGAGUGUCUGCUAAAUGACGACUGUAAUGGAAAUGUAUUACCUCACCUUUUAGUAUUAGCCGGCCCUGUAGACAGAAGAGCACUGAAAACUCUGGCAAUGCUUACAGCUGUAACAUAGAGAACAGUGUCUGGCAUGUUAAUCAUAUUUCUAUUAGGAGGCCAGAGACCACCUGUCUGUCUAGCAGCAGAGUAGCAGUCGUUUACGCUACAAGGCGGCUCCCCGACUGACCCUGCUCCCUCUGAGCUCUGACCCAUUCAUUUAGAGUUGUGUCGAAAGUGAGAAUAUAUUGUCUGCUAGAGGGAGAAGUGCCUGUUCAGCACUGCAACUCUGGAGAUGUAUGUAUUGAAUGUAUAUUUAUAUAUAUAUCUUAAUGCCCUGGUCUCAGAGGCCUAUAUGCUGUAUUUGCUCUUUCCCUUCUUUUGCCAAAUUGGAUUUUCUCCUAGACUCCAUCUAUACAUUACAUUAAUCUCAGGCUCUAAAUAAUAAUCUGAGCGUCGUAAAGUCAUGCGGGCGUUGGCAGCUUUGGGAUUGUUCUCCUGGAAUGAAAUGAUUAGCCGAUUUGCUGCUGGAGUUUCUGCCUGUUCACUCUGUUCUACAGCUAGAGGUGAAGAUGAAUUAGCAUGUUAAUGCUGGAAUGGAGGCGACAAAAAACAAAAUAAAACACUGGGGCUGUGAUGAAUGUGAAGGCAAAAGGCUCAUUAGUCAGCAAGCCGCUACAAUAAGUUCUAGUUGUAUUAACUGAUUUUUACUUCCAAGUCCUACGUAAAGGGUUUAUUACUUGCGGUGUUUGCAUGUAUUACUGUUUUCAGUAGUGUAGGUAGCUUCUUUAACCAUAGUUUGUCGAGAUUCAAUCUGUCUCACUUUAGAAAACCCUCUGUCCUUCCUAUGUGAGUCACCUAAAGCAUCCCUGUCACCUCAAUUGCCAGGUACAAAAUAGUUAACAUCUUAGGCUUGAUGGUUAAAAAGCUUCCUUUUGAGCUGGCUCCAAUUGUUGUGAAAGUGUUUAAUCACUAAAUUGGCUGGCAUCUGUUUACUGGACGGUCUCUGCCAGUGGCUCCCUAACUUUCUGCUUUGAGCCAGAUACACUAUAUAUACAAAAGUAUGUGGACACCCCAUCAAAUUAGUGGAUUUGGCUAUUUCAGCCACCCCCGUUGCUGACAGGUGUAUAAAAUCGAGCACACAGCCAUGUAAUCUCCAUAGACAAACAUUGGCAGUAGAAUGGCCUUCAACGUGGCAUAGGAUGCCAUCUUUCCAACAAGUCAGUUUGUCAAAUUUCUGCCCUGCUAGAGCUGCCCCGGUCAACUGUAAGUGCUUUUAUUGUGAAUUGGAAACGUCUAGGAGCAACAACGGCUCAGCUGUGAAGUAGUAGGCCACACAAGCUCACAGAACGGGACCGCCAAGUGCUGAAGCGUGUUGCACGUAAAAACCGUCUGUACUCGGUUGUAACUCUCAAUACAGAGUUCCAAACUGCCUCUGGAAGCAACGUCAGGACAACAGCUGUUCGUCGGGAGCUUCAUGAAAUGGGUUUCCAUGGCCGAGCAGCCGCACACAAACCUAAGAUCACCAUGCACAAUGCCAAGUGUCGGCUGGAGUGGUGUAAAGCUCGCGCCAUUGGACUCUGGAGCAGUGGAAACAUGUUCUCUGGAUUGAUGAAUCAUGGUUCACCAUCUGGCAGUCCGACGGAUGAGUCUGGGUUUGGCGGAUGCCAGGAUGAGUCUGGCUUUGGCGGAUGCAUAGUGCCAACUGUAAAGUUUUGGUGGAGGAGGAAUAAAUGUCUGGGGCUGUUUUUCAUGUUUCGGGCUAGGUCUCUUAGUUCCAGUGAAGGGAAAUCUUAACGCUACAGCAUACAAUUACAUUCUAGACGAUUCUGUGCUUGUGGCAAUGGUUUGGGGAAGGCCCUUUCCUGUUUCAGCAUGACAAUGCCCCCGUGCACAAAGCGAGGUCCAUACAGAAAUGGUUUGUUGGUCGGUGUGGAAGAACUUGACUAGGCCUGCACAGAGCCCUUACCUCAACCCCAUCAAACACCUUUGGGAUGAAUUGGAACGCCGACUGCGAGCCAGGCCUAAUCGCCCAUCAUCCGUGCCCGACCUCCACUAAUGCUCUUGUGGCUGAAUGGAAGCAAGUCCCCGUAGCAAUGUUCCAACAUCUAGUGGAAAGCCUUCCCAGAAGAGUGGAGGCUUUUUAUAGCAGCAAAGGGGGGACCAACUCCAUAGUAAUGCCCACGAUUUUGGAAUGAGAUGUUCAACGAGCAAGUGUCCACACACCUUUCAUCAGGUAGUGUAUGUCAUGUUAUUAACAUCAUAAUGACGCUUCGCAGCAAAGCAUGGUGCUGUAUUAUGCAUGCUUAGCCACAGGGAGGCAGAGUUUUGGUCACACGCCACACACACACACACAAUGCUGAGUUUUAGAUACAUUAAACCAAAUUAGAGUGGAAUCAUCAAAGAAGCCCCUCGCCAAAUUGGAGACCGCCAGGAGGAAGUGCUGCCGCCUGCAGUGCAUCCUGGGUGAUGAGGAGUGUCGUUACCCUCUUAAUCGCUUACUUUCUCGGUGUCUGAGAGAAACAUUCCUCUCUACAUCCUCGCUCAGUGGGCCCAGCCACUCUCACUUGUUUAUCCUCAGCUAGGUACACCGCUAUUCUCAAUAAGGUCCUCUAACCAGACCUAACAUGAUAGUAGUGAGACGUGCCAACCCCAGGGCAGUCUACCCAGUCCCAAAGAGAGAUUCUUUUUAGAGGCCGACUGAUAUGUUUUUUUUGGGGUCCGAUUGGGUUGGGGACUAAAACGUACCGAUAUCUGCCGAUAUACUGUUUUACAGCGGGGAAAUUAAAAAGCGAAUUCUCAUAAAUUCCCAUCCAAUAACUAUGCUUCAAAUGUUGAUUUUCGUACAUUGUGACAAUAAUGACAGAUCAUGAGAAUGGCCGCAAGUGUUCAGAUCUGCAUGAGAUUCCCUUUUUUCAUCCUAUUUAUUGAAUAUUGGUUAUCGGUCGGGCUCUAAUUAUUUUCCCAGCCUCAACUUGGCUCCACACACACUGCCUCAUCUUGGCCAUCCUCAGAUAUCCUUUAGCCUAAACAUUCUGCAAAACAUGCUCUCUAAGCCUCACUCCUCAGGAGCUCCUUGUAGCUUAUCCAAGGACAGGCUGCUUCUGGGUUCUCCUUUAUCUGUAAAAUGCUAUACAGUAGCAAAUGCCAGUCAUUGGGAGAAGUAACUGUGUUGUAAAAACGUCCUUCACAAUGUGACUAGACAAGAGUAGCUCGCUGAAAUAGACCAAUCAGAUUCAUCAAUUAAGGGCAAUAUUAUUAGUAUUUUGAGUAGACUUCAUUUAGAACAUGUUAUGUACAGUGGGGGGAAAAAAGUAUUUAGUCAGCCACCAAUUGUGCAAGUUCUCCCACUUAAAAAGAUGAGAGGCCUGUAAUUUUCAUCAUCGUCAACUAUGACAGACAAAAUGAGGAAAAAAAAUCCAGAAAAUCACAUUGUAGGAUUUUUUAUGAAUUUAUUUGCAAAUUAUGGUGGAAAAUAAGUAUUUGGUCAAUAACAAAAGUUUCUCAAUACUUUGUUAUAUACCCUUUGUUGGCAAUGACACAGGUCAAACGUUUUCUGUAAGUCUUCACAAGGUUUUCACACACUGUUUCUGGUAUUUUGGCCCAUUCCUCCAUGCAGAUCUCCUCUAGAGCAGUGAUGUUUUGGGGCUGUCGCUGGGCAACACGGACUUUCAACUCCCUCCAAAGAUUUUCUAUGGGGUUGAGAUCUGGAGACUGGCUAGGCCACUCCAGGACCUUGAAAUGCUUCUUACGAAGCCACUCCUUCAUUGCCCGGGCGGUGUGUUUGGGAUCAUUGUCAUGCUGAAAGACCCAGCCACGUUUCAUCUUCAAUGCCCUUGCUGAUGGAAGGAGGUUUUCACUCAACAUCUCACGAUACAUGGCCCCAUUCAUUCUUUCCUUUACACGGAUCAGUCGUCCUGGUCCCUUUGCAGAAAAACAGCCCCAAAGCAUGAUGUUUCCACCCCCAUGCUUCACAGUAGGUAUGGUGUUCUUUGGAUGCAACUCAGCAUUCUUUGUCCUCCAAACACGAUGAGUUGAGUUUUUACCAAAAAGUUAUAUUUUGGUUUCAUCUGACCAUAUGACAUUCUCCCAAUCCUCUUCUGGAUCAUCCAAAUGCACUCUAGCAAACUUCAGACGGGCCUGGACAUGUACUGGCUUAAGCAGGGGGACACGUCUGGCACUGCAGGAUUUGAGUCCCUGGCGGCGUAGUGCGUUACUGAUGGUAGGCUUUGUUACUUUGGUCCCAGCUCUCUGCAGGUAAUUCACUAGGUCCCCCCGUGUGGUUCUGGGAUUUUUGCUCACCGUUCUUGUGAUCAUUUUGACCCCACGGGGUGAGAUCUUGCGUGGAGCCCCAGAUCGAGGGAAAUUAUCAGUGGUCUUGUAUGUCUUCCAUGUCCUAAUAAUUGCUCCCACAGUUGAUUUCUUCAAACCAAGCUGCUUACCUAUUGCAGAUUCAGUCUUCCCAGCCUGGUGCAGGUCUACAAUUUUGUUUCUGGUGUCCUUUGACAGCUCUUUGGUCUUGCCCAUAGUGGAGUUUGGAGUGUGACUGUUUGAGGUUGUGGACAGGUGUCUUUUAUACUGAUAACAAGUUCAAACAGGUGCCAUUAAUACAGGUAACGAGUGGAGGACAGAGGAGCCUCUUAAAGAAGAAGUUACAGGUCUGUGAGAGCCAGAAAUCUUGCUUGUUUGUAGGUGACCAAAUACUUAUUUUCCACCAUAAUUUGCAAAUAAAUUCAUAAAAAAUCCUACAAUGUGAUUUUCUGGAGAAAAAAAUUCUCAAUUUGUCUGUCAUAGUUGACGUGUACCUAUGAUGAAAAUUACAGGCCUCUCUCAUCUUUUUAAGUGGGAGAAUUUGCACAAUUGGUGGCUGACUAAAUACUUUUUUCCCCCACUGUAUCCUGCUUGGUGUAAAAUGAAGGGAAUAUGUCUGUAAUUUCCUACUAUCCCAGUGAAUCUCUCGCUGAUCUGCAAACCGCUCUGUCUCCCACUGGGAAAUAUCUUAUUUUCACAGCGUUUAAAAGCCCAGAAGUUGCACCCCUCCUCCCAUCUUCCCUCGUUCUCUCCCUCCACCCUCCUCUUUCCCUCCUUCCCUACUUGUUUUUCUCCUCCACUCUGUGGGACACAUCACAGAUUGUGUGUCCUGCUACAUGUCGACGUUGUCCUAGAUUAAAAACUGAAAGUUUAAUGGGUAGCAUCUGUCUUUUUAUUAUAUUAAUUUAUAGUCUUACUGUAUCCUUCCUUCGUAACACCUAUCCUUGACUUUCUCCCAAAUCUUUGGAAAUAAACACACACAAACUUGGAGACAAAUGUGUGUGUGUGUGGGGGGGUAGAUAUACACUAUCAGUCAAAAGUUUGGACACACCUACUCAUUCAAGGGUUUUUCUUUAUUUGUACUAUUUUUUACAUUGUAGAAUAAUAGUGAAGACAUCAACUAUGGAAUAACACAUAUGGAAUCAUGUGGUAACCCAAAAAGUGUUAAACAAAUCAAAAUAUAUUAUAUAUUUGAGAUUCUUCAAAUAGCCACCCUUUGCCUUGAUGACAGCUUUGCACACUCUUGGCAUUCUCUCAACCAGCUUCACCUGGAAUGCAUUUCAAUUAACUGGUGUGCCUUCUUAAAAGUUAAUUUGUGGAGUUUCUUUCCUUCUUAAUGCGUUUGAUCCAAUCAGUUGUGUUGUGACAAGGUAGGGGGGUAUACAGAAGAUAUCCCUAUUGGGUAAAAGACCAAGUCCAUAUUAUGGCAAGAACAGCUGAAAUAAGCAAAGAGAAACGGCAGUCCAUCAUUACUUUAAGAUAUGAAAGUCCGUCAAUACGGAUCAUUUCAAGAACUUUGUAUGUUUCUUCAAGUGCAGUCUUAAAAACCAUCAAGCGCUAUGAUGAAACUGGCUCUCAUGAGGACCGCCACAGGUAUGGAAGACCCAGAAUUAACUCUGCUGCAGAGAAUAAGUUCAUUAGAGUUACCAGCCUUAGAAAUUGCAGCCCAAAUAAAUGCUUCACAGAGUUCAAGUAACAGACACAUCUCAACAUCAACUGUUCAGAGGGGAGUGUGUGGUCAAAUUGCUGCAAAGAAACCACUAGUAAAGGACACCAAUAAGAAGAAGAGACCUGCUUGGGCCAAGAAACACGAGCAAUGGACAUUAAACCGGUGGAAAUUUGUCCUUUGGUCUGGAGUCCAAAUUUGAGAUUUUUGGUUCAAAACGCCAUGUCUUUGUGUGGGUGAACGGAUGAUCUCCACAUGUGUAGUUCCCACCGUAAAGCAUGGAGGUGUUAUGGUGUGGGGUACUUUGCUGGUAGAAUUCAAGGCACUUAACCAGCAUGGCUACCACAGUAUUCUGCAGCGAUAUGCCAUCCCAGCUGGUUUGGGCUUAGUGGGACUAUCAUUUGUUUUUCAACAGGGCAAUGACCCAACACACCUCCAGGCUGUGUAAGGGCUAUUUUACCAAGAAGGAGAGUGAUGGAGUGCUGCAUCAAAUGACCUGGCCUCCACAAUCCCCCGACCUCAACCCAAUUGAGAUGGUUUAGGAUGAGUCGGACGGCAGAGUGAAGGAAAAGCAGCCAACAAGUGCUAAGCAUAUGUGGGAACUCCUUCAAUACUGUUGGAAAAGCAUUCCAGGUGAAGCAGGUUGAGAGAAUGCCAAGAGUGUACAAAGCUGCUUAAAAGGCAAAGGGUGGCUAUUUGAAUCAUCUUAAAUAAUAUUUUGAUUUGUUUAACACUUUUGGUUACUACAUGAUUCCAUAUGUGUUAUUUCAUAGUUUUGAUGUCUUCUAUUAUUCUACAAUGUAGAAAAUAGUAAAAAUAAAGAAAAAGCCUUGAAUGAGUAGGUGUGUCCAAACCUUUGACUGGAACUGUAGAUUACUGAGGCUGGAACGGACGGUAAUGUGUUUGUGGCCGACCACAUUUCACCUGCCUUUAACAGGACUUGUAUAUAUGUCUAGUAGGGUUGUAUAUUAGCUGUAUACUCCUGCUAGCCCCUAAGGCUGAUGGGCUGUAAGCCUGAGCCUCUACUAAAAGUUCAGAACAUAAUGGAAAAGUGUAGCUGUUUUGGAGGCUGAAUGUAAUUAUAAGACACACAAAGGAUGUUUUCUCUUCGUCUUUCACACUAUCGGUGAUAAAAAGGCACCAGUUUUCACAAUGUUUCUGGUUAAUUAGGUAAUAGUUGGAGAUGUUUGUGUCUGGCUGAUGGUUGUUUGUUGUGGUGUGACCAGGGGGAGUCAGAAGGACCAGCAGGGGGAGACGGCGGGUCCCUCCAGUCGAGACGAGGAGCAGCCUGGACCCUCCUGCCGCCGGAGGGAACGCCAGCCCAGCAUGUCAGAGACCAACCCCCUCUACACAUUCUGUAAAGAAGAUCUGGACAGCAUGGACAAGGAGGUGAGGAACACACACACAUACAUUGUACCUGACAGGGUUAGAGCAGUGUGGUUGGCUCUGCGUUAUGUGCUGUUCUGAGUUCCUAAUGUCUGCCAUACACAGACAGAAGUACACACACACACACACACACACACACACACACACACACACACACACACACACACACACAACUACACUAAGACAUAAAAACAUCAGUACACCUUUUGAUGUUCCAUCUCUCUCUUCAAGGAAAGUAUUCUGAGAAUAAAAUCAUUACACGUGCAUACACAUACACACAGUCAAAAACACACACACACACACACACAGUGGUUAUUGUGCUGUUUUUCCUGGUACAUCCACUAAUGUGUGCAGGCUGUGCACCUCCAGCCUCCAAGUUAGAUAAUGGUGUUUAAUGGACAAUAAAAGUAUUGUUCUUCUAAGUCAAGUUCCUCUGCCUCCGCCACUCAGUGUUGGUGCUUAUGUUCUCUGCUCUCUGUCACUCACUGGUCUUGUGUGUUGUAAGACUGUGCUGAUUGCAUUGCUAAUGGUGAUGGCACCACUAAGUUUUAAUUGAUUCCCCAGGGAGCCCAACUCUGUCCUCCUAAAUCUGGCUGGCUGGUAAGAGAAGCUCCUCAUCACACGCUUUAUCUGAAUGGGCUGGUUAAACAGAGUCUGCUUGAUGCCUCUUCGUCUGUUUGAGGUUGAGCUGUCUGGCAUUCAGCCAUACUUAUUAUUUACCCACACACACACUCAGAGACACACACACACACACACACACACACACACACACACACACAUACAUAAUUUGUAUAUAAAGGCUAAUGUUUUAUUGAGCUGUUCUGAAUGGUAUUCUGUCCCCUUACACUGGCUGAAUGCCUCUAGUCAUUUUGUGGACAUGUGGCUUUUAAGUUAUUUGGAGAGAGACGAGGUGAAAGAAAUGAGAAUCUGAUGGUUGAAUAAAAAAUGGGAGCGACACUCGUGAUCGAAAUCUGUGUGACGUUGUUUUCUCUCCUAUUCCUGACCUGGGUUUUAUUAUUGCCAUGUAGAAUAUGACUCUCUCGCUCUCUUUCUCCCCUCCCCCUUUCUCUGUUCCCCCUGACCUUGACACUAGUACAGGUCACACAGCUUGUCACGGCAAAUGGGUUCCAGUUAUGAGUUUUAAUCUGUUUUAGAUAUCACUGUGAUUUGUCACACUAUGAUUGACGAAGGGCUUAUUGUGAACCAGAAGACUGCAGAAAUGGAUUAUGGCUGUGUCUAGAAAAGCACCCUAUACCCUUUAUUGAGUUUGCCUUUAGGUACAUCAUUGAGAACGCAUUCUCUUUAGAGGGGUACCCUGAGAUCUGGUCAAAAGUAGUGCACUGCACAGGGAAGAGGGUGCAAUUUCGGACACGAAUCAAGAGAGACUGCAGACAUUCACUCGUUCUGUUUAUGAGUUCAACUGAAAGAUAAUGUUCUGUAACCCUGGUCGCCACGGGCUACAGUUCUGCACUUCUUCUCAAUUUGUCUGUCAUAGUUGACGUGUACCUAUGAUGAAAAUUACAGGCCUCUCAUCUUUUUAAGUGGGAGAACUUGCACAAUUGGUGGCUGACUAAAUACUUUUUUCCCCCACUGUAACUAGAUGUUUAAUGAUAUAUUAUACAUGUCCAAUAUCAUACCAUGUUCAUUCAUCUCCAUGUCUCAGAAGUAAUUUCAGUAUGGUGUUAUUAACUCGUUUUAUCCUAGUUUGCUGUGUUGUUAUCGACCAUCUGUUGUCCCAUUCCACAACUUUCCCAUCACAUCCUUUAACUGUUGUUGUAGUCUGUUAUCUAACAUCACCCAGCCUGUUUUCAGUGUUCUCUUCUAUUGGGUCUCUGAACCAAUUGGUUUGUUCUUAUCAAGCUUCACUUAUCAAGCCCGUGUUAGAAUGGUAAUUCAAUCUCUCCCAUCCUUCUUUAGCUGUUUUCUUUAACGUAGCAGUUUUUUCAUUCAAAGGAACGAACAGCCUCCCUAGAAUCAAACGUGGGGAGGUUUGAUAAUGCUGUGGCGUUGCUUUGCUGCCUCUGGUACUGGGGGCCUUGAACGUGCGCAUGGCAUCAUGAAAUCAGCAGUUUAUCAGGUGUUUUGUAGUCCAAUGUUCAACCCAGUGUCUAAAAACUGGGUCUCAAUAAAGGUUGUGGGUCUUCCAGCAGGACAACAACCCCAAACACACAUUUAAAAAAGCACCCAGGAAUGGUUAAGAAGAGAUUCUGGAGUGGCUAGUGAAGUCCAGAUCUGAAUCAUAUCCAAAACAUAUUGCGAGAUCUGAAAACAGCAGUUGGUGGAGGGAACCCCUCAAAUAUUGAAGAAUUAGAGCAGUUUGCUGCUGAAAAGUGGGUCAAUUGUCAGUAGAAAGGUGCCGCAAGCUCAUUGAUGGCUACAAAAAUGAAUUUGUCUGCGGUUAUCUUGUCAAAAGGCUGUACAACCAAGUACUAGCUACGGGGUGCCAAUUUUGUCCAUGCAUUUGUCUGUCUUUUCUACAUUUUAAAUUGUAAACUUAAGUUUACGAAAAAUAAAAUUGUUCCCACAAUGUUUUUUGUGUGUGUUAUUUUAGAAGAAAUACAGAAUUAUUAAAAAAGGGUGCCAAUGUAUUUGGCCACAACUGUAGGCCUACAUAGCUUUAUUUAUGUAUUUGCCAUGAAUACUCUUGAGUCCUGCAGGAGUCCCAAUUUGAAUAUCACCCUCUAGUGUAUGGCAUACAGUUAGUGUUUAUAGCAGGUAAAUGAGUAGUCAUGUCAACAUCGUUGUGCAGCAAAAACAUCCAUAUAUCAGUAGGUCUUGGUGCCCUGUCACUGAGCUACUAGCCAUUUUCAUUACUGUCAAUCUGCCUGCAUUAAUGUGUUAAAUAUUAGUGGUUGGCCUGAGGAAAGUCGAAACAUUAAUAAUAGGUCAAAUCUUACCUGAUUUUACCAGACUUGAUGUUGCCAGGGAAGCAUGUUAAAAGUGAUCGAUUUACUACAGCCGAUCCGAGUGGAGGAGAGUUUUAUUAACAGUCUGUUCUCAGCAGCAUAUGGCAUGCGGUCUGUCAGACAGGCUGAGGAAUGGGCCUGCUAAUGUGGUGAUCACUGAUCUACAGUACGCUCCAAUAGAGAGACAGGUACUGAGCUCCUAUAGAGAUGGAGAGAGGACAGAGAGAGGAGCGGGUCUAUCCAUCUUACACCAUCUAUCGUGCCUUAACGUGGGAAACGGUCAAGAAGCAGGGCUUGGUUACAUGUAACGGACAAAACAAAUGCUUGCGCUAAGGAUGUAAAGUUGAGGUUCAUUUGCAAUUAAUUUACUUCUGUCUGUAUGAGACAGGCUAACUCCCACAUGUGUGGCUUGGGUGGAAUAAAAGGUUUUCCCCGCUAUAUCAAACAUUCUGGGGGUUUUUUGGUACCUUGGCGGUCAUCUAAAGGUUUUUUCAUGGUAAUUGAUUCCAUGGUGGCAUUAAAACAAUUUGAAAGGUUCAGACCUGCGGUUGAUUUUUCUAUUGUGACUCAAAGGCCAGUCUUCUCUGCUCACAGACCUCAGUUAUCACUGUAGAUGGAGUGCUGUGAUUGGUUGUGUGAUGGACCAUGAACAGGAAGGAAUGUGGGUAUUGUUUCCUAAAGACCAGUGGUGGUGUUGUGUAAAUGUGACAUUUUGGAUAGUAGGACUUCAAGCUCAGAGGGCUUUAGGAGCCAAACGCCAGAAUUGUAGCAGACAGACGCAUUCUCCCAAAGUGUAGCUGCAUUGAGAAUAUACUGUACAGUCUUCAGUCCCUCCAGGAUUCUGCGAUCGCAUAAUUCUAUGUAAAAUCAACCAAUCCACACAUAUUAUGCGAGAGCUUGCAAUUUUGACCAAUCACUGCAUCACUUUUACCACAUAAGAGUCCAAUCAAAAGAGCGUUUGCGAUUAUGACCACUGUUACCGUGGAAAACAGCCCAAUCAAACCGGAUAUGAACAAAAGUUAUUUUCCCCCUGUUAGUGUGUGAAGCUGAAAUUUGGUGACCGGCAGAACAAUGAACAGGAAUCCAUCUCAUUUACCAACAAAAGUCACAGCUAAAGACCGUGCAAAACUAUUUCCAAAUGUUUUACAUCAGAGAUGGGGAACUUGGAAGGGGGUGGGGUCCACAAAAUAUGAACUCGUCAUGAGGGGCUGCAGUGGUUUGCGGAUCUGCAAUUCUACACAUUUUGCCAUGGAGCGGAGAGAAGAUUUUGCAAUUUUGCAACUAAUUUCCUGCAAUUCUACACAUUUUGCCAUAGGGUGGAGAGAUGUUUGCAGUUUUUAAUAUGAUAUCUGAGUGAGAGUGACUAAAGAAAUCAAUGUAAUCGGCAUGACUAACACAAUCGGGGGGGGGGGGGGGGGUUAGUUCUAUGUUAUGGAGGACAGGAGGAUCUAGGACAUGCUGCAUAUCAAUGCAUAUGUCCACUUUAAUUGGUGCAUUAUGUACAAGUUAUAACCCAACAGGGAUGAAAAGGUUAGCCUACUUGGCAACUGCCAUGAUUUGAAAAUAGACUGUACCCUUUUAACGUGUUGCUUCCGAAAGAGCAAUAGCAAAGCCGGAUGUGUGACAAAACCAACCUUCUGUAAUAAUGUUUGAAAUGUCAUCCUCUUCACUCUUCCCACUUCUCUCUCCUCUCCUCGUUUUCCAUUCCCUGCCUCUUCAAAAAUGCAUGCUCAUGACAUUCUUAAACAUCUGAAAACUGUGGAGGAAGAAAGAAAUACAUCUUAGUCUUAAUUAGGUGGUGCUGGGUCUGCAUCCCAAAUUACACCCUAUUCCCUAUAUAGUGCACUACUUUUGACCUUGGCCCAUAGGGCUCUUCACUUUUUCCUCAAUUUGUUACAUUACAGCCUUAUUCUAAAAUUGAUUAAAUAGUUUUUUUCCCUCAUCAGUCUACACACAAUACCCCAUAAUGACAAAGCAAAAACAGGUAUUAAUAAAUUGUUGCAUAUUACAUUUACAUAAGUAUUCAGACCCUUUACUCAGUACAUUGUUGAAGCACCUUUGGCAGCGAUUACAGCAUCGAGUCUUCUUGGGUAUGACGCUACAAGCUUGGCAGACCUGUAUUUGAGGAGUUUCUCCCAUUAUUCUCUGCAGAUCCUCUCAAGCUCUGUCAGGUUGGAUGGGGAGCGUUGCUGCACAGCUAUUUUCAGGUCUCUCCAGAGAUGUUUGAUCGGGUACAAGUCUGGGUUCUGGCUGGGCCACUCAAGGACAUUCAGAGACUUGUCCCGAAGCCUCUCCUGCGUUGUCUUGGCUGUGUACUUAGGGUCGUUGUCCUGUUGGAAGGUGAACCUUCGCCCCAGUCUGAGGUCCAGAGUGCUCUGGAGCAGGUUUUCAUCAAGGAUCUCUCUGUACUUUGCUCUGUUCAUCUUUCCCUCCAUCCUGACUAGUCUCCCAGUCCCUGCCGCUGACAAACAUCCCCACAGCAUGAUGCUGCCACCACCAUGCUUCACCAUAGGGAUGGUGCCAGGUUUCCUCCAGACGUGAUGCUUAGUAUUCAGGCCAAAGAGUUAAAUCUUGGUUUCAUCAGACCAGAGAAUCUUGUUUCUCAUGGUCUUGAGGGUCUUUAUGUGCCUUUUUGCAAACUCCCAAGCGAGCUGUCAUAUGCCUCUUUUACUGAGGAGUGGCUUCCUAAUUGGUGGAGUUUUGCAGAGAUGGUUGUUCUUCUGGAAGGUUCUCCCAUCUCCACAGAGGAACUCUAGAGCUCUGACAGAGUGACCAUCGGGUACUUGGUCACCUCCCUGACCAAGGCCCUUCUCCCCCGAUUGCUCAGUUUGGCCGGGCGGCUAUCUCUAGUAAGGGUCUUGGUGGUUCCAUACUUCUUCCAUUUAAGAAUGAUGGAGGCAAAUGUGUUGUUAGGGACCUUCAAUGCUGCAGAAAUGUUUUGGUACCCUUCCCCAGAUCUGUGCCUCGACACAAUCCUGUCUCGGAGCUCUAAGGACAAUUCCUUCGACCUCAUGGCUUGGUUUUUGCUCUGACAUGCACUGUCAACUGUGGGACAUUUAUAUAGACAGGUGUGUGCCUUUCCAAAUAAUGUCCAAUCAACUGAAUUUACCACAGGUAAUCAAGUUGUAGAAACAUCUCAAGGAUGAUCAAUGGAAACAGGAUGCACCUGAGCUCAAUUUCUUGUCUCAUAGCAAAGGGUCUUAAUACUUACAGUACCAGUCAAAAGUUUGGACACGCCUACUCAUUAAAGGGUUUUUCUUUAUUUGUACUAUUUUCUACAUUGUAGAAUAAUAGUGAAGACAUUAAAACUAUGAAAUAACACACAUGGAAUCAUGUAGUAACCAAAAAAGUGUUAAACAAGUCAAAAUAUAAUUUAUAUUUAAGAUUCUUCAAAUAGCCACCCUUUGCCUUGAUGACAGAUAUGCACACUCCUAGCAUUCUCUCAACCAGUUUCACCUGGAAUGCUUUUCCAACAGUCUUGAAGGAGUUCCCACAUAUGCUGAUCACUUUUUGGUUGCUUUUCCUUCACUCUGCCGUCCGAUUCAUCCCAAACCAUCUCAAUUGGGGUGAGGUCGGGAGAUUGUGGAGGCCAGGUCAUCUGAUGCAGUACUCCAUCACUCUCCUUCUUGGUAAAAUAGCCCUUACACAGCCUGGAGGUGUGUUGGGUCAUUGUCCUGUUGAAAAACAAAUGAUAGUCCCACUAAGCCCAAACCAGAUGGGAUGGCGUAUCGCUGCAGAGUACUGUGGUAGCCAUGCUGGUAAAGUGUGCCUUGAAUUUGAAAUAAAUCACAGACAGUGUCACCAGCAAAGCACCCCCACACCAUAACACCACCCCUUCCAUGCUUUACGGUAGGAACUACACGUCGAGACCAUCUCACAAAGACACAGCGGUUAGAACCAAAAAUCUCCAAUUUGGACUCCAGACCAAAGGACACAUUUUCACCGGUCUAAUAUCCAUUGCUCGUGUUUCUUGGUCCAAGCAGGUCUCUUCUUAUUGGUGUUCUUUAGUAGUGGUUUCUUUGCAGCAAUUUGACCAUGAAUGCCUGAUUCACACAGUCCCCUCUGAACAGUUGAUGUUGAGAUGUGUCUGUGACUUGAACUCUGUGAAGCAUUUAUUUGGGCUGCAAUUUCUGAGGCUGGUAACUCUAAUGAACUUAUCCUCUGCAGCAGAGGUAACUCUGUCCUGGCCUCCUGUAGCUCAGUUGGUAGAGCAUGGCGCUUGCAACGCCAGGGUUGUGGGUUCGUUUCCCACGGGGGGCCAGUAUGAAAAAUGUAUGCACUCACUUAACUGUAAGUCGCUCUGGAUAAGAGCGUCUGCUAAAUGACUAAAAUGUAAAUGUAAAUGUCUUCCAUUCCUGUGGCAGUCCUCAUGAGAGCCAGUUUCAUCAUAGCGCUUGAUGGUUUUUGCGACUGAACUUGAAGAAACUUUCACAGUUCUUGAAAUGUUCCAUAUUGACUGACCUUCAUGUCUUAAAGUAAUGAUGGACUGUCGUUUUUUCUUUGCUUAUUUGAGCUGUUCUUGCUAUAAUAUGGACUUGGUCUUUUACCAAAUAGGGCUAUCUUCUGUAUACCACCCAUACCUUGUCACAACACAACUGAUUAGCUCAAACGCACUAAGAAGGAAAUGAAUUCCACAAAUUAACUUUUAAGAAGGCACACCUGUUAAUUGAAAUGCAUUCCAGGUGACUACCUCUCAUGAAGCUGGUUGAGAGAAUGCCAAGAGUGUGCAAAACUGUCAUCAAGGCAAAGGGUGGCUAUUUGAAGAAUCUCAAAUAUAAAAUAUAUUUUGAUAUGUUUAACACUUUUUUGGUUACUGCGUGAUUCCAUAUGUGUUAUUUCAUAGCAUAUCUAUCUGGGUAUAGGUGAAAUUUCUUUUAUGUUCUUUGACCAUUCAGCCUUGUUAGCUUCUUACCGGUGUAGUUACCCAGCCUUUAGCAUUACGCCACCAUUUCACUGGCCUUGUGGUUUGUGUCCGUCCUGAGAUUAGAAGGAUGGGAGUUCGAUCCCCGGCAGAGUCAUACCAAAGACUGUAAAAAUGGGACCCGGUGUGUCUCUGCUCGGCACUCAGCAUUUAAUAUAUUGGGGGUAUGGCCCUGCGAUAGACUUGCGUCCUGUCCAGGGGGUGUGCUUGUACAUCAAGCUGCCUCACGCUACAGAAACAGGAGAUAGGCUCCUGCUCCAAUGAGCCGUUCCGGCUUGCACAAGCCAAGGCUCGUGCAAUGCUACUUAGCAUUACGCCAUAGGACACUGCUUGCACCUCCCGGCCAUUAAAACUCCUAUAACCUGGUUAGCGUUGUGCACCUGAUCAAUCCUACACUGCCUGCGGUCAUCCUAACCCAUGUGCUAUCUAUCCGAUCUGAUAUGGUGUUUACUGGCAUGUAGUCGUGACUGAGCAGACGUUGUUUUAUGUGUCAGUAUAACUCAAGGACAGGCAGGAUUCAUCCCCCAGUAGUAUUUCUUAUUGGAUCAGGAGAUAUUCUGCUGAGAUGUAAACAUCUCACCAGUACAUGAUGUCUCCGUGUUCUCAGAAGCUCCUGGGUUGAGUUCUAAUCUGAUUUGACUGGCUACAGCAACAAUAUUUCAAAUACUAUUUGAGCCCAGAUCUUUUUCCUCUGACUAAUUAGAACUGUUCUGGACUGAGUUGCAGUAUAUCAUAUGUUUUCACCCAGUCAGCCAUGUCACUUGGCACAUCCUGUACUAAUGAAUGUUAGCGAACUACGCUAUAUCGUUAUGUCCUUCAAGACCUGGGUUUUCCCUUUGACUUACUGAGUGUUGAGUCCCUCUUGACUCCCUCUGGAUCAUUUUACUGUUACUGGUCGCAUCAGAAUCACAUCAGUUACCCAACGGUGAGUCAAGCUGCUCAUUAGUCUAUGUGCAAUGAGGGAUAUGUGUGAGUGUCUGUUUGAUGAGGAGACUGACUGAUGAGCCAGGUAACACUGUCUGUCUGCUCAGCCUGAGAAACGAGUGUUUGGUUUGAGUGUCUCUUCCCUUAUCAGCUCUGUUCCAGGUCUCUGUCUGCCUUUCACACCUCAGCACGAAUUAGACAGAUACGAGCGUGCCUUCCCGUGAUAAACAUCAGACAGACACAGCCUUGCCCAUCCGGUAAAAACACAGCCCACCCUCCCAGUAAUGACCACCACUGGAUAGUACUACCUCUGAUCUGGUGGGAAGGGGAAAUUAAGCCACAAUCCACUUUUCCCCUCGUUUAUGCAUUUUGCUCCCCUCCUCUUCCAUCUUCUUCACACAACAAAAGUAUUUCCGACGGUCUUGAAUAAAUCAUGAAAGGGAGAGCCAAAGGGUGUAAAUCUGCUCCGCUCCCAACAGCCAAACUUUCAGUCUGCGUGCCGGGACUGAUCAGCAUUAAACCACAACGCUACAAAGAUUUAUAUUAGCAUGGACUGACUACUCAUACAUUACUCAGGGAGGGAGAGAAUUUAAGGAUUUUAGUUUGAAAUCAGAAUUUUGAGAUUAUUCAACCCCUUCCAUUUAGUCAUGUGGACAAAAAAAAGGAUAAAACCUAUUGAAGGAGUAGAUCACUAUUCUACAACAUGUUAGAUUCCUCACCCUGAAAGUAGUCUAUGGGUCAGGAGAAAUUGCAAUCCAUGGCUUGGUUUUCCUUAAACAGCCACAACAAACUUCCACUAACUAUAGCCACCGCUAGCUAAAAAUCGAUGGUAAUGGUAGGGGCAUUUGAUUUUUAUUUGUUAUUUCUUUAAUGGCCAAAUCACCUUUUAUGUAACAUCCAAACCAAAUAUGGCGUUGAUUUUGCUAGCAUGUUAGCUGUUACCAUAGACUUCGUCAUUGUGCUAAUGCUAGUUAGCAACUUCCUCCAGACUGCACACAGAGACGGGAGGGAAUGGACACAUCACAGCUCUUUCUUUACCUUGAUCGAUAUAAUCGUAUUAUGGUUGAAAUUAGCCAGCUUGUCCAUGCUCUCUGUAAUGAAUGCCAUACCCAAACACUUUCUGUGUACGUUUUUCAGAGAACUCAUUUUGUCAGUGUGAAUCUGUCGGACGUUUGGGGUGAUUACACAACCAGACGUGAUAAUGAUUCUUUAGAGUUCGUCCUUGUUUCAAUGGACGGCCAACUCCUCUUUUCAGCUUUCAGCUCUCGCCUCUUCAAACCAGCACAAAAGCCCAGCAUGAGUAAGAGAAGAGCCAGCCAUCUGAAAAAUAAAUGAAAAACAUAACCAGUGCUCAGAAUGCUGUGUCCCUGAAAAACUUUGAGACGCAUCGUCUGGCUCCAAGCGACUGAGAAGCCUUUAUCUUUGAGAUUAGUCUCAUUGUAUCUCCUCUCAGUAUGGAACAGAAGGGAACAGGGCAGUCAAGGAAUGUUUCCCCCGGAGUGGGUUGUAAUGAGAUGGCCAUUGUGUCUCUCUGCCUUCACAGAUAAAGGAUAGAGACAGAGAAGCUUUGGAGAUUGGGCUACUGUGUCUUCCGCAGAUGACAAGAACUGUGCCUCCUCUCUUCUCACCUUCCCCUCCUUUCCACGCUACCAACCGAAUGGAAGGAGGCUGCCUGAAGAAAACUUCAAUGUAUCACAUUUGACGAGCCAGUGAGGGGGAUACAAAUAAUUCAGCAUGGAUCAUCCAAGAUUUCCAUGUUUCUACAAUGGGAAGAAAAAGCUUUUUGUCUCUGUGAAAAUAUGUUGUUUCUAGCUUUCUGAGUAAUCUCUGUAAUCAGACAUGAUGAAUGCCUGUGAGUGGCUCUCCCUCCCCUUCCUGGUUGGCUUUGUGACAGCCGGACUAGGUUUAGAUGAGGAUUGUUCCUAGAUUUUACCAGGAUUGGGCUGUUCUGAUUCCGGCCAGGGGACCAGGCCAGGCUGUACCAAUCAGUCUAGUCCAGCCUAUGCUAGCCAACCAACCUGUCAGACAGGGAGUGGGAAAACCUUGAUCACUCUGGGUGCCACUGCCUGACUGAAACAGGUCGCAGGUUGUGGGUGGGGAAUCAUAGCAAAGCAGAAGAGUUUCCCAUCCCCUUGACAAAAAUGUCAGACGGUCCAGAGACCAGUCGCCUGCCUGUGAUGAUGAUGAUGAAGAGGUUAUAGAAGAGUUUGAGGCUCUGUUUAUUUGCCUGCAUGCAAACAUGCUGUUAGUUUUAUUUAGCUAGCUAUCUAAAGCUUCCCUCUGAACUGACCAAGCUGCCGGGGACAGAUAAGAGAUGCUGCUAGUCGAUGUGUAACUCCAAAGGCUCUUUAAUCAAUGGGUGUCUUUUAAUAUGUAGUUGUGGCUAUGGGUAGUGUGAACAGUCCUAUGGUUGGCCUUGCAGUGAUGUGGAGGGGAUUGCUAUGCAGCUGAAGAGCAAGAUGUUUUUCUCCAUUUUGAGAGCUUAGUCAAGAAGUUGUACAUUUUACAUGUUCCUCACUGUUGGGUUUAUCACUAGCUAAAGAAAUAGUCUAUGGAAAAAGUUUACAUAUUUUACAAAACACCAACCAACCCCUCCUAUACACCUUGUCUUAUUACAUCCAACAUCAAUCUUUUCCGAUCAGUUUCCAAUCUCUAAAAGACAAACCCAGACAUGACAGUUUCUCAUGCUGACCCUUAACAAGCAGACAGACAUCACAGUGGAUUAGAGUAGAGCCGGUGUUAAAAUACCACACCGCUGCUGGACGUCACCCUUGCCUCUCCCUGGGACAACGGCCACAGACAGCCUACGGACACAGUUCCGAAUGUCUCACCCCAUAAUCCUUUGUGUCUGAUCAGAUUGAGGUGAUGGUGUUUGCUUCACUGCUUGCUUUGUUCCUAGCUCAUUCUGACCUUUUUCUUUGGUCCGUGUCAGAAAUCAGAUGUCCUUUUUAAGGACUGACUGACGUGUGUUCAGGAGUAGAUUUGUAGAGGUUUCACUUCCAAUCACUUGAAUCUGUUUCCCUGUAGGAGAUGGCUACACUUCUUCACUUCUCAACCUUCUAUUGUGUGUGCUGCAGAGAGUAUAAGUAUUACUCUCUGAUGAAGGCUUGAUUUUGCUGUCCAAGGUGCUGAAACAGGCCAUACAGGGUUAGCUGUCCUCUCACAGACCACUUUCCUCACACCAGUCUGAGUUAUGUGAGGUUUGUACUGUAGGGUCAGGUGCCGUCAGUGAUCAGUAAAUUACAAAAGUCCCUGGGCCAUGCCAGGCCACUCCAUCACCAGGGGUGCGACACCAUCAUCGGUCCCAAAACCUGGAACCAUGAAUAUUCCCUCUGAUCAGUUCUUCAUUUACACAGUCCUUCGCAACCUGACAGCAACACUAACAGUCACUCAACUGUCUGUCCGGGCAACAUACUCGGAGGCAGGACUGUUUGGAGCUGUACCCCUCUGUUCUGUUUCUUGUGAGGAGGGAGAGGAGAUGGGCAUGGAAAGAUGUCCCCUUUUUAUACUUAGUUGUGCAUAUUGGUAUCUGUUUUAGUAGGUAUUAGAUGUCAAGUGAAUGAAUCCUUGUCGGUUCCAUCUUUCUUUUGAUUUUCUACAACUUUUCACUUUUUGGGGUUUUAUCUGAUCUAACAGUUUUAUUAACCUAUAAUACUGCAGGUGCUUUCUUAUUUCUCUUGGUAAGAUGGAGAAAAUAAGUUGUCCUGUCCUUUACUGUUCAUCUGUGCCUCUUAACAAAAUCCCAUCACACAGCGUGGCAGAGUUACAUGCCCUUUGAUUUGAGAUUUUUAUUUAUCUCUGUACCUGAGAGCAGAGUCCCUGUAAGGGUUGGACUGGAAGCUUAGAGCAGACAAGACGAGACUGAGCUGCUUUGAAGAUUUUUCUUCCUUCUGGGGUAAUUGCUCCUAUCAGGACGGGACUAGCUCCUGGGUGCUCUUGGCUGUGUUACAGAGGAAGCAUAUGGCCAUUGAUCUGGCCCUGACCCCGAGGAGCACAGUGAGAGGACUGUGGAGAGAGAAGUGGCAGUGGAGGUCUCUGUCUGUCAGAGAGGCUCAGUUGUAG